CCUGGUCGUACGCCCAAUCGCCGAUCGGCCGUCGCUACUUCGUUUGUCGAGUGCCCGUUUUCCGAACGGUUUGCUCCGAUCCCUGGAGUGUGCGUGCAGUGAAGUGAUGGUGUGUUUUUAGCUGUACAGCAAACAGUGUAUCGCUACAAAGUACCGCAGUCCGGUGUGUUGCGAGUUCCUCGGAGUUGUCUAACGGCUGUUCGCCUGCCGGCGAGGGAAGGCGGAUUGCUUCAACCGGGAGGAAUGAGCCCCGCACACUAUAUUCCCUACACUCACCGAUGAUCUCAAGAGACCAUGUAUAUAGACACCUUACCUCUAGUGGUUUGGACGCUUUUAGUCACAACGACACAUGUAGCGACAGAAGGCCAAUAUGGAAUAGGUUUAGGAAUAAAACGAGAAGUAUUUUUCUUAAAUUUAGAAGACGGCUAUUUUGGCUGUCAAGUAAACGAAUCAACACAAAUAUUACAAUUAUAUGAAUUAUCGAAAUUAUGCGACGGAGUGCCAGACUGCUAUAAAGCUUCCGACGAACUUAGGUCAGAGCUGAAAUGCACAGACGAUUGUACCAAAGAAGAUGGCGCGCAGUGUAUAAAUGGAGCUUGUCUGAACGGAGUGUGCCAUUGUAAUGACGGUUUCGGAGGAUGCAAUUGCCAAGAAGCCGAUGUAAACGAAUGUAAGGAACGGCCAUGUGAUGUUUUUGCUCACUGUACAAAUACGGUGGGUAGUUUCCAAUGUUCCUGUUUCCCAGGCUACGAAGGCGAUGGGUUUACUUGCAGAGAUAUAAACGAAUGUGAAGACCCAGCAGUGGCAUCACGAUGUGUAGCAAACGCUGAGUGUUGCAAUUUGCCUGCUCAUUUUAUCUGCAAAUGCAAUCGUGGAUUCGAAGGAGAUGGCGAGGAAGAGUGCCGAGAUAUCGACGAAUGUCGGCGACCUGGUGCUUGUGGAAUCAAUGCUAUCUGCCAAAAUUAUCCGGGAAAUUAUACAUGCGCCUGUCUAGCUGGUUACACUGGAAAUCCAUUCGAUGGUUGCGUGGACGUGGAUGAGUGCGCAAGCGGGUCUGCAUGCGGCGCAGGUGCGACGUGCAGAAACGUGGAAGGCGGCUUCGAGUGCAGUUGUCCCCCCGGCAGCGAAGGUGACCCGCGCGUUGCUUGCCAGGAGCUGGAUGCGUGCGCGCGCGCCCAGUGCGGUCGCGGAGCUCUCUGCCAGAACCUACCCGGCGCUUACCGCUGCAUCUGCCCGCCCGGUUUCCAAGGCAAUCCAGACGUUGGAUGCACUGACGUGGAUGAAUGUAAGAGUAGCAAGAAGGUGUGCGGCGACCACGCCGUGUGUACCAACACUGUGGGCAGUUACGUAUGCGCGUGCGAACCGGAGUACACAGGCGAUGCACGCGCGCCGCACGGCUGCCGCGACGUCGACGAAUGUGAAGCGCUGGAACGCCCCUGUGGCACGCAUGCCGUCUGCGAGAAUGCUGCGCCCGGCUACAACUGCGUCUGCCCUCAAGGGUACAGAGCUAAACCUGACCCACAAAUCGCCUGUGAACAGAUCGACGUCAAUACUCUAUGCAAAUCUAAUUUUGACUGUACAAAUAAUGCCGAAUGUAUAGAAAAUCAAUGUUUCUGUAAAGAGGGAUUCGAUGCAAAAGGAUCAGUUUGCGUUGAUAUCGAUGAAUGUGCGACAAAAACAUCUACUUGCGGAGAAAAUGCUAUAUGUAUUAAUACGCUCGGUUCAUACGAAUGUGAGUGCGCCUCAGGAUUCGUAGGAUCACCACCGACAGUAAAAUGCCGCGCUCCGUGUGAUGAUGUGAAAUGCGGAGAUCACGCCUAUUGCAAACCAGAUGGCACUGAAGCUUACUGCGUAUGUGAUGAUGGUUGGACCUUCGACCCCACCGACAUAGCAGCCGGUUGUAUCGAUAUUAAUGAAUGUGACACCUCUGUUGGACCCGUCGGCCGCUGUGGUAUAAAUGCGAGAUGCUCAAACACAUUGGGCAGCUUCAUGUGCCAGUGUCCAGAAGGUUAUACUGGAAAUGCAUAUAAACAAUGUAUAGAUAUCGAUGAAUGUCAAACUGACGGAGUUUGCGGUGUUAACGCCGAAUGUAUUAAUCGAGAUGGUUCGUACAGCUGUGAAUGUGCUGAAGGCACAGUGCCCGACCCUGAUCCAAGAGUGCGAUGUGCUGAAAUCCUUUUAUGUAGAAAUAAUGAUGAAUGUCCCGGGAAUGCUAUAUGCGAUCAAAACUCAAGAUGUUUGUGUCCAGAUCCUAACGUUGGCAAUGAAUGCAGGCAUCCUUGUGAAACUUUACAUUGCGGAAGCAACUCCGAAUGCCUACUGACAGAUCAAACGGCUCAGUGCACGUGCCGAAGCGGUUUCACGGGGAACCCGUCAUCUCUCGGAGGUUGUCAAGAUAUCAAUGAGUGUUUAUCGAAUCCAUGUGGCACUGGAGCUGUCUGUAAGAAUUUACCUGGAAACUUCCAAUGCGAAUGUCCCGGAACCUUCCACGGGGACCCUUACAUUGAUGGAUGCGUGCCUGGCAAAAUGCCCAGUGAAUGUAGUGACACUAAUCCUUGUCCUAUUGGCGAACAAUGUAUAUCACACGACGCAGAAAAUGUAUGCAUUUGCUCUCAAGGUUACAUUCGUAGUAAAGAAACGGGUUUAUGUGAAGACAUCAACGAAUGUACUCAACAUGGACACUCGCCGUGUGGUCUAAAUGCAAUUUGUAAAAACCUACCAGGAAGUUACGAGUGCAAAUGUCCGUCGGAAUAUAGUGGCAACCCUUAUAACCUAUGUGAAAUGUGUAAUGAUAUAAAUUGUCAAUGCCAACCACCAUACAAAGUUGUAAAUGGUAAUUGCGUUUUAUCAGGGUGCUCCAAAGAUAAAAAAUGCGGGAAGGGUGCCGAGUGCAUAGUUAUUUCGGACGGAGUAAGUUACUGUGCUUGCCCAUCUGGAUUUUCUCAAACUCUUGAUGGUUCAUGCGAAGAUAUAAACGAAUGCACUGCUGGUCAGCCCGUUUGCGGCAUCGGUGCGGAAUGUAUAAAUACAGUUGGGUCUUUUAUUUGUAAAUGUCCACCGGGUUAUGGUCAAGACAUCACUACUGGGCAUUGUAGCAUUAACCAAAAACGUUGUAUUAGCGAUUCUGAUUGCUUUUCCAAUGAGAAAUGUAUUGAACCAGGGAAGUGUGUUUGCCCACCGCCAUUUUAUCUAGACGUAACUGACGGUCAAAAGUGCAAAAGCCCAUGCGAGAGGUUUACUUGUGGAAUAAAUGCAAAGUGUACACCCAGUGAUCCACCCAGGUGUAUGUGUAUGGCUGGAUUCGAGGGAGAUCCCUAUACAGGCUGCACAAACAGAAACGAAUGUCAUAGUGCCCCCUGUGCAUAUGGUGCUAUAUGUCACGACAAAAAAGGAGGUUUUCAGUGUGAAUGCCCUCAAAAUAUGAUUGGAGAUCCUUAUAAAACCGGAUGUAGCGUCGAGGAAGAGCCGACACAAAAACAACUUUGUAGCUCUGACAAUGAAUGUCCGAAUACGUUAUCAUGCUUAAAUCGCACUUGCCUUUCACCUUGCGGAAGUGUAUCUUGUGGACCUAAUGCAUUUUGUGAAGUCGAUAAUCACGCAGCAUGGUGUCGCUGCAAUCCCGGAUACACAAAACCUGAAGGUGGAAAAUGCAUAUCCGGUUGCGAUUCAUUCUCAUGCGCUUCUCGUGCACAAUGUAUUAUAUCAAAAUCAGGACCAACAUGCGUCUGCCGUGAGGGCAUGGUAGGGAAUCCAUUCCCGGGGGGCUCUUGUAGAAGAGACGUGUGCGGGCCGGGCGCACCGUGUGAGGAACCUAUGUCAUGUGUGGCCGGGCGUUGUCGCCAGCGAUGUGAAGGCGUAGUAUGUGGAGUAGGCGCAUCGUGCAAUGAAGAAAGUGGAAAAUGCGUUUGUAAUGAUUUCUUUGUCGGAAACCCUGAUUUGUUAUGCAUGCCACCGAUUUCACCACCAACGUGUGAGCCAGGAUGUGGGGAUAACGCACAUUGUGUUUACGGACUUUCAAACUCUUGUAAAUGUAACAAAGGUUAUACAGGAAAUCCAUAUAUCAAAUGCCUCUCUCGAAGACAAAUAACUUGUGCUAAAGCAUCUUGCGGUCGAAACGCUGUUUGUCAACAAACACGAUCACAUGUCGAAUGUCUCUGUCCGCCAGGUUAUAUUGGAAAUCCAAAUUUACAAUGCAUUGACAUAGAUGAAUGUAGUUCGAAACCAUGCGCUGAGAAUGCAAUUUGCAUCAAUACCCCAGGAAGUUUCAGUUGUAUCUGCAAAAGCCACUAUGUAGGUAAUCCGUACGAACUUUGUUCGCAUGUAUCAAUUUCGAAGUGUACAGAAGGCAAUAGUUGCACUUGUACUCAUAAUGCUACAUGCCCAGAUGGAUACAUUUGUGAAAGAUCCAGAUGUGUUGAUGCUUGUCGCAAAAUGUCUUGUGGUCCGAAAUCAAUAUGCGAAGAAGGCAUUUGCCAUUGUUUACCCGGCUAUACAGGGAAUCCCAAUAAUUUGCAAGAUGGGUGCGUUCUCGAUAAUAAGUGUAUGGCAGAUGGUGAUUGCAAAGAUACUGAAAUAUGCUUCCAGGUAGCAAAAAAUGUUAGGAAAUGUGUGGAUUCUUGCAGUAAGUUGCAAUGUGGACCUAAUUCAUUAUGUGUUAGCGCCAAUCAUCAAGCUCAUUGUUUAUGUGCUGAAGGGUAUGUGGGCAAAGCUAAUGACGUUAAAUCUGGCUGCUAUUUAGAGCAUGGUGAAUCAAAUGUAAUUGAAUGCAAUGGACACAACGACUGCACAGAACCCCAACUUUGUAUUCCAGUUGAUGGUUCUACACAUAGGUGUAUAGAUUUAUGUUCCACUAUAGCAUGCAGCGCUAACGAAGUAUGUAAAGUGAUAGACAACAGUGCACGUUGUGAUUGCAAAGAUAAUUUCCGUUGGAAUCCUGUUACCUCUAUUUGUGAGCAACCGUCUACUCCAAGCUGUGAAAAAAAUGAUGACUGCGACGACAACAAGUCAUGCCAAAAAGAUGUACUCGGUGUCAGAAAAUGUAUUGACAACUGUUUAGCAUUUAGCUGCCCCCAGAAUUCAAAAUGUAUAACAAGACGUCAUAAAAGUCAAUGCGAGUGUUUAUCUGGUUUUAUAGGAAAUCCCAAUGACCGUGAUGGAUGUUUACCUAUCAAUAAAAACCAAUGCAUCGAUGAUGCUCAAUGUCGAGAGAAUGAGAUUUGUAAAUAUGUUGAUUCUAUUAAAAAAUGUACAUCAGCUUGUCAACAAAAAAUUUGUGGUCCAAAUGCUAUUUGCGUAACCAAUAACCAUGUUGCAAAGUGUCAGUGUCCAUCUGGGCCCUUCACCGGUAAUCCCGAUGAUUUAGAAAAAGGAUGUCAAUCAGUCCCUUGCAUAUAUAACACAGAUUGCUUAGCCCACGAAUUGUGUAACCGUAUGACACAUACAUGUAUGAAUGCAUGUGCUGAGGAUUCUUGUGGUGAUAAUGCUGUAUGUUUAGCAGAAAAUCAUAAAAUGAGUUGUCAAUGCCCGAGUGGUUAUAAAGCAGAUCCAAUACCAGAGGUCAAUUGUAGAAAAAUAGAGGUUUGCAAUCCAAAUCCUUGUCAUCCAACUGCCAUAUGUGAGCCCCAUCUUACAUCUUAUACAUGUAAAUGUCCCGUUGGACUGACAAGUGACAAAACAGGAGUAUGUAGAGUUCAGGACGAAUGUCUUAAUGCUGAUGAUGACUGUCCGUUAGAAGCAACUUGCAUCGCAGGACGAUGUGUAAAUCCGUGUGAUGGAGCAUGUGGUAUAAAUUCUUUAUGUAAAAUUGUAGAUAGAAAAGCUAUCUGUUUAUGUCCCGAAGGCUAUGAAAGCAUUCAAGGCGGCAAUGCUUGUAAGAAAAAGCUGCUAACCUGUGAUAAUGAUGGUCAUUGCGAGGGUGAUGUGUGCUACAAUGGACAGUGUUUAACUGCUUGCAAAAACUCCAGCCAAUGCGAUAGAGGAGAUAUAUGCCUAAAGAACUUUUGCAUGACACAAUGCGCAAAGCAUUCGCAAUGUGGCAUUGGACAAGCAUGUGUAGGCGGACAAUGUUUAGUUGGCUGCAGAGUUAAUGAUGACUGUGCCAGCGAAGAAUCUUGCAUAAACAAUAAAUGUGUUAAUCCAUGUCUUGCAACACGAGUGUGUGGUCCGAAUGCCAUUUGUUCAAGAAUUAAUCAUAGUACAAAAUGUGAAUGUCCACUCGGUUUUGAAGGAACGCCUUCUCCUCAACAAGGCUGUGUACGGAUACCAAGUGCGUGCAGUAGAACAUCCGAAUGUCCUCCAGAUCAUAUGUGUAUUGGAUUUUUGUGCCAAGUGCCGUGUCAAGAUAACUCUGGGUGUGCGAUUGGUGAGAAAUGCAAUGAUAAUAAAUGCCACAAAAUCUGCCACUCAAGUGGAAACUGUUUACACGGAGAACAUUGCAGCUCUGGAUUAUGCAUACCAGGUUGCAAAUCAGAUGCAGAUUGCCUCAGUAACCAACGUUGUGAAUCAACAACAUGCCAUUGCUUACCUGGAUUUCAAUUAAAUAUUGAUGAAUGUAUUAAUAUCGAUGAAUGUUUAGAGAAUCCGUGCCACCCAUCAGCUCUGUGUGAAGACACUAUAGGGAAUUUCAAAUGUAUUUGCCCAACUGGAGCUAUUGGUGAUCCUUAUAAAACUGGAUGUAUACUACCUAAUCAAUGUAGACGAGAUGAACAAUGUGACAGUUCACUGGCUUGUAUACGAGGAAAAUGCCAGAAUCCUUGUCAGACUAAAGCAUGCGGGUUAAACGCAAUGUGUUUAGUUAUAAACCAUAGAGUUACAUGUUCUUGCAAAAAAGGAUAUCUCGGCAAUCCUCUAGAUAAAAAUAUUGGUUGUUUCAAAGUGGAAUGUGUCGAUAAUUCAGAUUGUUCCAAUGAUAAAUAUUGCAAUAGUAGAAGUAACAAAUGUACCGAUAAAUGCGAUGAUUCUGCAUGUCAAGGUGGCACGUGUAAAAUAAUAAAUCAUAAAUCAACGUGCGCUUGUGCAACAGGCUUUAAUUUGAAUAAUAAUGCCUGUGAGGAUAUCAACGAAUGUCUGAACAAUCCUUGCCCUGUGAAUUCAGAGUGUGAAAAUUCACAUGGAUCUUAUGCAUGCCGAUGCAUUAAUGGAACAAUAUUAGACACAAGCAAAGGCAUUUGCAAACUACCCGGCGAUUGUUUUACAAAUAACGACUGUUCGGAAAAAACUAAGUGUAGUAACAACCAAUGCGUCAACCCCUGUCAAAAAUCGUCACCGUGUGGUGAAAACGCGCAGUGUAUCGUGGAAUCACAUAGUGCUAUUUGUGAAUGUCUGCCAAAUAGCCAAGGGGAUCCUUACAAAAAAUGCACUAAAUUCGAAUGUACAAAAGAUACCGAAUGUUCGUCAGAAGAAGCAUGCGUCAACUAUAAAUGCGUAAACUCUUGUAGUAUUCCACGAGCUUGCGGCAGAAAUGCUGAUUGUCUUUCCAGGAGUCAUAUCGGACAUUGUUCGUGCUCACCUGGCUAUACUGGGGACCCAGUGCUUGGCUGCGUCCCAAUACAGUACUGUACAGAUGACAGCAGAUGUUCUUCGGGCACUAAAUGUGUCGACAAUCUGUGUGUUGGGUUAUGUAAAAGUUCAAGAGAAUGUUUAAGUGAUCAACUUUGUAUUCAAGGAACAUGUCGAUUAACCUGCAAUUCUAAUAAUACCUGCCCAGAUUUCCAAUUUUGCUUAAAUAGAGUUUGCACUAAGGAAGUUCAAUGCAUGGCUGACGAUGAUUGUGCUGAAGAUGAAAAAUGUUCUGUAACCAGAAAUGGAAUUCCGCAAUGCGUGAAAGUAUGUGACGGACAUCCAUGUGGACGACAAGCUAACUGUUUAGGUCAAGUUCACAAGCCCGUUUGCUCAUGUAAAGAUGGUUAUUAUGGAGACCCACGACAAAGUUGUAAGAGAAAACAAUGUGAUAUUGAUAAUGACUGUACGGAUGACAAAUUGUGUGAUAAGAACAUGUGUAAAAUAGCAUGUCUGAUGAAUAACGACUGCGGGGACAAUUCAGUUUGUUCAUCUGAAAAUCAUAAAGGUGUUUGUUAUUGCCAACCCGGGUAUACUGGCGAUCCUUACAGAGGUUGCGUGGAAAUUAAUUGGUGCGAACCUAAUACUUGUGGGACGGGAGCUGAAUGCAAGAACUCACGAAACAGUGCUCUUUGCACAUGUCCUACUGGAACAGUUGGCAAUGCUUACGAGGAAGGAUGUCGUAAAGCACAAGAAUGUCGAUAUAAUAGAGACUGCCCAGCUGCCGCGCGCUGUACUGUUACUGGAGCUAUAAGCAAAUGUACAGAUGCAUGUGACAACAUAAAAUGCGGUCAAAAUGCAGAAUGUGUUGCCGUUCGACAUAUGGGACAAUGUAAAUGUAAGACAGGCUAUGUAGGAAAUCCUAAUUCUCCAAAUGGAUGUAGUCCUCGGGAAAUUACAUGCACUGGGAAAACGGAUUGUUCGGAUGACAAGUACUGUUAUAAAGGAAUUUGUAAAGCUGUCUGUCUUUUGGAUGAAGAAUGUGGUUCAUCAGAAAAAUGCAUUACUGGUCAAUGUUUAGAUCCAUGUCAGAUGGAAAAGAGCUGCGGUUUGAAUGCAAUCUGUCGUUCUGAAAAUCACGUGGUGCAAUGUAGCUGUCCACAUGCAUUUACUGGAAAUCAAGAUGUAGAAUGUGUUCGAAUUCCCCGUUUAUGUGGUGGCGCUGGGGAAUGUGAGAAUGGACAUAUGUGUCAUGAUUCAAUGUGCGUUCCCCGAUGCAAAGUCGAUGAAGAAUGUGCACUUAAUGAACGGUGUUCUAAGGGAGCUUGUUUAUUAACAUGUAGAGUGGAUAAUGACUGCUUCUUAGGACACAUAUGCUUAGGAAAUACCUGUCAAUACGGAUGCAGGCAUGAUGAAGAUUGUGGUCAUGAUGAAUUUUGCAAAAACAAUAUUUGCGAAAAUCCAUGUGCCAGUAACAUAAAUCCAUGCGGACCCAAUGCACUUUGUUCAGCAGUGGACAGAAAAGCACUUUGUUCGUGUCCAGAUGGUCUUAUACCAAACCCGACACCCAAUAUUGGAUGCGUGCGAACGCCCACACUACAGUGCCGCAUGCAUACAGAUUGUUCUGCUGGUUGGAGGUGCGAGGACGACCGUUGCCGGCCGGCUUGUACGCUUGACGGCGCGGAGUGCCUGCAGGGCGAACGGUGUGACGCCGGGGUGUGCCGUUACGCGUGUACUUCCGACGAGCAAUGCUCUGACGACGAAGUGUGUGAUGGGCGCUUGUGCGUAACUGGCUGUAAAACAGAUUCUCACUGCGCAAACAAUCUUGCGUGCAUAUUGGGACAAUGUAGUGAUCCUUGUACUGAGCCAGCUACGUGCGGGUCUAACGCUUUAUGUACAACUAAAAAUCAUCGCCCUGUUUGUAGUUGUCCACCAUCACUAGUUGGAGACCCAAAAACGGUUUGUAGGAGAGAAAUGACUCCUUGUGAUCGGAAUAAGAAUUGUGCUGAUGGAUUUAGCUGUUACGGGGAUACUUGUCAUCCAUCUUGUAGAAGUGACGUCAAAUGUUUAUCUAACGAAAAAUGCAUCCGGGGAAUAUGCCGAGUCGUAUGUAAUAGUGACGAAGCCUGUAGCGAUGGACAAAUAUGUGAAAACAGAAUUUGUAAACAAGGCUGCAGAGAUGAUAACGCUUGCGAAGAUUCUCAAGCCUGUUUUAAUGGGCAAUGCAAAGAUCCAUGCAAGGAAAACGGCUUAUGCGGCACAUGCUCAGAAUGCAAUGUUUUAAAUCAUCGAGCGCAAUGUAGUUGCUCUAGAAAUUUCACCGGUAAUCCUUUAGUGGAAUGUAAAAGAAAACUAUUGAAAUGUGAUGGAUAUUGUCCAUGUGAUGACAGCGGAUAUUGCAUAUCCCUAUGCGAUGAUAAUUUGGAUUGUUCAUGUGGAGAAAAGUGUGUUGACGGUGGUUGUCGAUCCUUAUGCUCACCGAAAAAUAAAUGUCCCCAAAGACAGAUAUGUGUUAAAGGAGCGUGCAUUCCUGGGUGUAAUAGUGAUAGAGAUUGCGGAGACGACAUGCUGUGUUCCGCAAAACUUUGUCAGCCGGCUUGCCAAGAAAAAUCGUGUGGGAGAAAUGCAGUUUGUUUAUCGACCCACCACCGAGCAGUGUGUAGUUGCCCUAGCGGAUUUUCAGGCGAUCCAUUAAGCGAGUGCGAUGCUUACGAAUGCCAGCACGACGAAGAAUGUGGCGGUGAUGAAGUGUGCCUGGAAGAAGGAAAAUGUAAAAAUGUAUGUGUUGGCGCAUGCGGAGUCAAUGCCAUCUGUCGCGCAAUUGACAGAUCACCACAGUGCUCUUGUCCACCAAAUUAUUUAGGAAACCCUAAAUUUGAAUGUUCCAAGCCAGCAGCCGGCAGCUGUUUGCGCAAUCCUUGCGGAAUAAAUGCUCGAUGUCGGGAUUUCGACGACGGUAGCUAUGAAUGCACAUGUCCGCCGAACUGCGCUGGUGACCCUCAAAAACAGUGUUUCUGUGGUGCUAUGGAGCCUUGCGCAUACAAAGCUUGUGGCACGAAUGCGCAGUGUCGUAUUGGGCAUAAUAAGGAAGCUCAAUGUUAUUGCCCACGCAACUACCCUAAUGGUGACCCUAAUAUAGAAUGUGCUCAGGAGCGUAGUGUGAUUGAUUGUCGCACAACUGGUUGCGGAAUCAACGGAGAAUGUUUGAGAGAAGGAGCAGAGUUUGUUUGCCAUUGUAUUCCUGGUACGGAAGGACAAGCAGAUAUCGAAUGCCAUACUAGUAUCGAAUGUACGAGCGAUAAGGAGUGUCCGCUUGACAAGGCCUGCCUGAGUUUACAUUGCGUGGACCCCUGCACUGUCCGCGGCGCGUGUGGUGAGGAUGCGCUGUGCGAGUCGGUGGCGCACCGGCCGCAAUGCUCGUGCCCACAGUGUUACGUGGGGCAGCCAAGAGUUGCCUGUCGGCCCGAUUCCGCCUGCACGCCUUCAUCAGAGCCGAACUCUACAUUCACAUGUUCUCCAACUAAAUCUUGCCCGCCUAGAUUGGCAUGCGACGUUGAUACUGGCCAGUGCCGAAAUCCAUGCCUGAACUACCAAAACUGUCGUAGAAACCAAAAGUGUGAAGUUAGAAAUCACGAACCCGUGUGCGUUUGCCGCAAUGGAUUUGCAUUAAAUGAUAAAGGGGAAUUAACAUGCGCACCGGAAGAUGCAGAAUGUACACGAGACGAACAAUGUCCUUCUAAUGCGGCAUGUCGUAAUUCCAAGUGUGUGAAUCCCUGCUUGGCGUCAAAGGAACCCAUGUGUCCAAAGGGAAAACAAUGUGAAGUAGUGGAGCACAACGCUAUAUGCGUGUGCAUCGAAGACUGUCACACCACAGUAUCAAUAUGUUUACGAGACAAUGGGUGUCCGCAAAACUUGGCGUGCAGAGACUUCGAAUGCAGAGACCCAUGUAAAGGCGCUUGCGCUGGUGCUCCAUGUUCAGUAGAAGAUCACCAUCCAGUUUGCAAGUUUUGUCCUAAAGGAUUCACACACGAUCAAAAUCAUGGCUGCAUUAAAGCGUUAGAAUGCACUUCGGAUGAGCAAUGCGCGCUGAAUCUGGCGUGUGCAGGUGGGCGCUGUGCUAACCCGUGCGAGCGUGGCGGUCCUUGUGCCUCUGGCCAGCACUGCGCCGUUUCCAAUCACCAACCCGUCUGCUCUAGAGGGCCAGUUACAAAUUGUGCACAUUGUCGUCCAGGAGUACCUUGCGAUCCAUUUUCAGGGGCCUGCAUGGAAACCGGUUGCACUAGAAACGAAGAUUGUCUCAUCACUGAGGCUUGUAUAAAUAAUGCAUGUCAACUCCCAUGUGCCAUACACAACCCAUGUGCACCUAAUGCGGCCUGUAUAAAUACGAAUCAUGGCUCCGACUGCAGCUGUCUACAGGGCUUUCAAGGAAACGGAUACGUUGGAUGUGUGCCAGUUAUUGACUCAUCGUCAGUAUGUCAAUAUAAUGAAGACUGUCCACCACAUCUGCUGUGCGAUAGAUUAAAUCGAGUCUGCAUCAACCCCUGCUCCGCAGACAAAUGCGGUGAUAAUGCCGAAUGCGUCCCUUCAAACCAUGGUAUUCAAUGCCAGUGCCUUGAAGGAUACACGGGUAACGCUUAUUUGGAAUGUUAUCAAGUGCAAGGAUGUCGGUCCGAUAAUGAAUGUUCAAAUUCCGAGGCUUGCAUAAACGGUAAAUGUGAUUCGCCUUGUAGAUGUGGCAUUAAUGCAAUUUGCGAUGUCAUAAACCACCGUGCUUCCUGCAAAUGUCUGCCAGGAUACAAUGGAAAUCCAAUGCUAGGAUGUGAUCCCCCCGUAAACCCAUGCAUCCCAAAUCCAUGUGGAAUUAAUGCAUUGUGUGAGAUAGACAGCGGAAACCCCAUAUGUUACUGUCCUAAAGGGUCGACUGGCAACCCGUUCAAAAAUUGUAUACCAGAAGGCAAUGAAUGUGAGCCCAACCCUUGCGGUCCAAACUCGGGCUGUCGGUUAAUAGACAACAAACCAGCUUGUUUCUGUCUUCCAAAUUAUGAAGGAAACCCCCCUAGACAAACAUGUAGACUACCAAGUAAUCCCUGCAAUCCUUCGCCUUGUGGGCCUAAUACCCAAUGUACCGUAUUAUCGAAUGGCUUUGCAAAAUGCACUUGCCUACAAGGUUUUGUCGAAAGCCCCAAUACGGUGAGAGGAUGUAUAGAGGCUCGUAAUCCUUGUGACCCAAACACAUGCGGGACAGGCGCGCGUUGUGACCCUAAUCGAGCCCCUGCAUGUUACUGCCCUGAAAAUACGAUAGGAAACCCCUACAAAUCUUGUAAUCCUCAAGGAUAUUUGCCACCUGAUACCACUUUAUGCAAUCCAAGCCCUUGUGGCGUGAAUGCUGACUGUUAUGUAAGCAGUAACAGAGAAAUGUGUUUCUGUAAAUCUGGAUAUAGUGGAGAUCCAUAUGUUGGUUGUCAAGCUCAACGUAAUCCCUGCACUCCAAAUCCAUGUGGGCCGCAAGCUAUUUGUAAUGUAAACUAUGAUGGUCAAGCUUCCUGUACUUGUUCAGACGGUAGCACUGGUAAUCCAUAUGGUGUUGAAGGCUGUCUUUCGCGAGAAUGCGAAGUAGAUGAUGAAUGCUCCUCAAAUAGAGCUUGCAUUGGUUACACGUGUCGAGACCCUUGCCCAGGUGCUUGCGGUUUAAAUACUAAGUGCCAUGUUGAAUCCCAUCGCCCUGUGUGCGUGUGUGAAGAUGGACUUAUAGGGAAUCCUUUACUCUGCUGCUUGCCACCAGAAUCUCACAAGGCAAUUUCACCAUGUAGCAAGGCGCAGUGUGGCAUCAACGCAAUUUGCCAAGAUGUUGGAAAUGAAGCUCAGUGCUACUGCCCAACGGAUUUCAUCGGGGAUCCAUAUGUCGAGUGUAAACUAGAAUGCACAAUGAAUUCAGAUUGCCCAACGAAUGAGGCGUGCGUCAAUAAUAAGUGUGCUGACCCUUGUUUAACUAAAAAUAUUUGUGGUCUGAAUGCAGUUUGCCUUUGCUCCGAUCACACUGUUUCAUGUUUAUGUCCAGAUGGUUAUAUAGGUGAUCCGUUGGUUCAAUGUACCUAUCGACCCAUUAUCAUUCCUUCUGAUAACACUACUGCUCAGCCAUGCACUCCAAACCCUUGUGAUCCGAACGCUCCAUGUGAUACUUAUGGGAAUCAAUUUGCAAUAUGCGAUGUUUGCUUGGGACCAGACGCUGUCAGUAAUCCAUCAUGCAGGCCAGAAUGUGUCCUUAACUCAGAUUGUGCAUUUGAUAAGGCAUGCCUAAAGAAUAAAUGUAUAGAUCCAUGUCCGGGUUCGUGUGGUAUGAACACCGAAUGCACUGUUUAUCGGCAUGAUCCAAUAUGCAGAUGUGUUAAAGAUUUUGAAGGAAACCCUUAUGAAUAUUGCAAACCCACAACCAGACCGAUUGAAGCAACAACGUGUGAUAAUAUUCAGUGUGGAGCUAACGCUUUUUGUCAGGAUUCCUAUGGAGUUCUGAGUUGUCAAUGUCUACCGAAUUUCUAUGGCAAUCCUCAGUUGUCAUGUCGCCCUGAAUGUGUUGUUAACAGCGAUUGUGCGACAAAUCUAGCCUGUCUUAACAAUAAAUGUGAAAAUCCUUGCAAAGAUGUUUGCGGCAUAAGAGCCCAAUGUGAAACUGUUAACCAUCACGCAAUAUGCUACUGUUCACCAGGUGAGACGGGCGAUCCUUAUGUAAGAUGUCAACCUGUUGUUGAACCUCUGCCAUCACAUCACGUGUGCGAUCCUUCACCUUGUGGCCCAUACAGUCGUUGUCUUGUCUCACCAACCGGAUUUCCAGUUUGUUCGUGUUUGCCAGGCUACAGAGGAGUCGCACCAAUGUGUCAGCCAGAAUGCGUUAGUAACUCAGAUUGUCAACAAACCGAGACGUGUGUCAAUCAGAAAUGUGUAAACCCGUGCCUGGGUAGUUGCGGCGUUAACGCGGAUUGUAUAGUUGUAAAUCAUAAUCCAAUAUGUGCUUGUGGACGUGAUAAAACUGGGGAUCCUUUUGUUGCUUGUGGAGAAAUGGAACCUAAAGAGAUGAUACCAAAAAAUCCUUGUGUGCCAUCUCCUUGCGGCCCUAAUUCCAUAUGUGAAAUUAAAUCUAACCAUCCCGUCUGCUCGUGUAGUUCUAAUUAUGUGGGAACGCCUCCAUUCUGUAGACCAGAAUGUGUAAUAAGCCAAGAAUGCCCGUCGAAUCAAGCAUGUAUAAACGAGAAAUGCGCAGAUCCGUGUGUUGGCGCUUGUGGAAAUAAUGCCAAGUGCGACGUAGUUAACCAUACGCCUUUGUGUAGUUGUCUCGAGGGCUACAGGGGAGACGCAUUUAUCGGAUGUGUUCUACUAGUAGUAAAUGAGCCACCGACACCCUGCAAUCCUUCGCCUUGUGGAGAAAAUACUAUAUGCACAGUCGUGAAUGACAUAGCUCGAUGCUCAUGUAUACCACCAAACAUCGGAAACCCUUAUGCAGGUGGUUGUCGACCAGAAUGUACAAUGAACCCAGAUUGCCCCAACAACUUAGCCUGUUUAUCCAAUCACUGUCGGGAUCCUUGCAAAGAUUUAUGCGGAUUAAACGCUGAAUGUAGCGUCACCAACCACGUGCCGGUUUGCACUUGUUUCAAAAACUAUGAGGGCGAUCCGUUCUCAUCCUGUCGACCAGUUACUAUCAAUUAUCCUCCUUUAAACCCAUGCGAACCUUCGCCAUGCGGUCCUAACAGUGAAUGCCAAGUGGUGAACCAGCGAGCGGCGUGUUCAUGUCGUAAAGGUUACCUUGGAUCGCCCCCUGCAUGUCGCCCCGAGUGCUCUGUCAAUUCGGAUUGCCCGUCCACAAGAGCCUGCAUAAACCAAAAAUGCAAGGAUCCUUGCAUACACAGCUGUGGUCUUGAUGCCCGGUGUCACGUAGUCGGACACAAUCCGAUCUGCACAUGCCCAGAGAAUCUACCCGAAGGCGAUCCAUUCAUUAAAUGUUACUGGAAAAGUAAACAGCCGCUGUCUCCACAUCCAGACCCUUGUUUACCUUCGCCGUGUGGGCCUCAUUCUACGUGUGCCAGUGAGAGCGGUCGUGCUGUGUGCGCCUGCGAACCUGGCACCUUAGGCGCCCCACCUUCAUGUCGUCCUCAAUGCGUCAUCAAUCAAGACUGUCCUCUAGCUUUGGCCUGCCUUGGCGGGUCUUGUGUGAAUCCUUGUGUUGGCUCUUGCGGGUUCAACGCGAGGUGUAUUGUGCAAAAUCAUCAGCCUAUUUGUUCCUGCGAUGAUGGAUAUUCUGGGGAUCCUUUUGCGGGCUGCAGUUUCAUCGAAGUUGCAAAAGAGAUACCAAGUCAUCCUUGCAAUCCAUCACCAUGUGGACCCAACGCCAUAUGUCGAGAAAGAGGUGGCGCUGGUUCUUGCACUUGUAUAGAUGAAUUUCAUGGAGAUCCAUACCUUGGUUGUCGCCCUGAAUGCGUAAUGAAUACUGAUUGCGCAAGAGACAAAGCCUGCUUUAACAAUAAAUGUGUGGAUCCAUGCCCUGGUACUUGUGGGCAAAACGCUGAAUGUAGAGUGACCAACCACGCACCUUCAUGUUACUGCUUGACUGGAUAUAUUGGAAACCCUCUUCAUGCAUGUUCUCCUAUUACGAUUACGCCAGAACCUGUGGAUCCGUGCCACCCUUCACCUUGUGGCCCUUAUAGUACAUGCCGUACAUUCAACGGGCAUGCUGUUUGUACAUGCCUAGAAAAAUGUAUUGGUUCUCCACCAAAUUGUCGACCUGAAUGUGUUGCCACAUCUGAUUGUCGACCCAACAAAGCGUGUAUCAAUCAAAAAUGCCAAGAUCCGUGCCCUGGUAUGUGUGGUAUUAAUGCGCAAUGUCAAGUGGUCAACCAUAAUCCAAUAUGUAGUUGUUUGAGUGGUUUUACUGGCGAUCCAUUUUCAAGGUGUUACAUUGAUGAAAGGCCACCUGCGCCUCCGAUAGAGGUUUGUAUACCAAACCCAUGCGGCCCGCAUUCUCAAUGUAAAGAGAUAAAUGGUGUACCUGUAUGCUCAUGUUUGAAUGACUACGUGGGUCGUCCUCCUAACUGCAGACCAGAGUGUGUUAUUGAUGUGGAAUGUCCCGGAAACCUAGCUUGCCUUGCCGAAAAAUGUAGAGAUCCGUGUCCGGGUUCGUGUGGAGUGCAUGCUACUUGCAUUGUUGUUAAGCACGUACCGGUAUGUUCUUGUGAACAAGGAUAUACGGGAGAUCCAUUUUCAGGAUGCUCAUUCUUACCUAAUAUUGAGCCCCAGUUACAAGAAAGCCCAUGUUAUCAUUCUCCGUGCGGAGCAAAUGCUAUCUGUAAAGAAAGAAAUGGUAUCGGAUCCUGCUCAUGCCUCCCAGAAUAUUACGGAGACCCAUACGUUGAAUGUAGACCAGAAUGUGUAUUAAACUCUGAUUGUCCGAAGGACAAAGCUUGUUUCAAUAACAAAUGCAAAAAUCCAUGCCCAGGAGUUUGCGGUAUGAACGCCGAAUGUCGUGUGCACAAUCACGCUCCGUCUUGUGCGUGUUUACCAGGAUACGAAGGGAAUCCGUUUUCAUCGUGUUAUAUCGGCAAGAUUGAUCCAAUUGACCCUUGUGUACCUUCUCCAUGCGGGCCAUAUAGCGCGUGUCGUGUAAAUGAUGGUCAUGCAAUAUGUUCAUGCCAAGAGCAGUAUUUUGGGUCCCCACCAUCUUGUCGUCCCGAAUGCAUGGUCAGCAGUGAGUGUAUGCCUAAUAAGGCAUGUAAAAAUCAAAGAUGUGCCGAUCCAUGCAUUGGAGCCUGUGGCAAUGAUGCGAAAUGCACAGUAGUUAAUCACAAUGCAUUAUGUAGCUGUCCAACAAAUUAUAUAGGGGACCCAUUUGUACAGUGCACAGAAGCACCAAAAUCACAACCACGACCGCUAGGAAAUCCCUGUGUGCCUUCUCCUUGCGGACCAAAUUCCCAGUGCCGUGUGGUAGGAGAAACGCCUGCUUGUUCUUGUCUGCAAGGAUACAUCGGUAGAGCACCUAAUUGCCGACCGGAAUGUAUAUAUGAUGAAGAAUGUCCCAGUAACCUCGCGUGUGUUCGGGAAAAAUGUGUCAAUCCUUGUGCGGGUUCUUGUGGCACAAAUGCAGAAUGCAUUGUUAUAAACCACAAGGCUGUUUGCCAUUGCUGGGAGGGUUACACUGGUGAUCCAUAUGGUGGUUGCCACUUUUUCGUUAUUGUGGCGAGCGAAGAGGAAACGAACCCAUGUUCUCAGUCACCCUGCGGCCCUAAUGCUGUAUGCACAGAAAGAAAUUCUGCUGGAGCAUGUACAUGUUCUCCUGGGUAUUUUGGCGAUCCGUAUCUCGGGUGUCGACCUGAAUGUGUGACGAAUAAUGAUUGUUCGUGGGAUAAGGCUUGUUCGAAUAAUAAAUGUACGGAUCCAUGCCAAGGAGCCUGUGGCAUUAAUGCACAAUGUACGGUUGCCCAUCAUAAUCCCGUAUGUUUAUGCCUAGACGGUUAUGAAGGCAAUCCCGUAGUCUCCUGUCGUCCUCGACUAAUACCGCCAACUACCGAUUUAAAUCCCUGCAUGCCUUCUCCGUGUGGAGCAUACAGCCACUGUAAGGUGGUCGAUGGUCAUGGCGUGUGUUCAUGUCAGGAAGGCUAUGUUGGGUCGCCGCCCACGUGCAGGCCAGAAUGCGUAUCUAGUACGGAUUGUCCUCAGCAUCAAGCAUGCAUUCAACAGAAGUGUAAAGAUCCAUGUCCAGGAACUUGUGGCAUAAACGCUAGAUGUCAAGUUAUCAAUCAUAAUCCUAUUUGCACGUGUAAAGCAGGAUACACUGGUGAUCCGUUUACAUCUUGCCAGUUAAAACCAAAACCUAUGUUUGAGGGGCCUAAAGGAAAUCCAUGCGUACCAUCACCGUGUGGUCCAUAUUCUCAAUGUAAAGUAGUGGGAGAAGCGCCUGCAUGUUCAUGCUUACCAAGCUAUAUUGGUAUUGCACCUAAUUGUAGACCAGAAUGUUCUAUCAAUGCCGAAUGCCCUGGUAAUCUUGCAUGCCAAAACGAGCGGUGUAUAGAUCCCUGUCCGGGCUCAUGUGGUCUGUACGCGGACUGUUCCGUAGCCAAUCAUGUAGCAUUAUGUAAUUGUAUAUCCGGUUACACUGGUGAUCCUUUCAGUGGGUGUUCUCGAGUAGAGUAUCCACCUGAACCUUUGCCAAAUCCCUGCAAUCCUUCGCCAUGUGGGGCGAAUGCAUUAUGCAAAGAACGGAAUGGCGUUGGAUCGUGUUCUUGCUUGCCAGAAUAUUUUGGAGAUCCGUACACUGGUUGUCGGCCAGAAUGCGUUUCUAACUCCGAUUGUGAUCGGAACAAAGCUUGCUCAAACAACAGAUGUAAAGAUCCAUGCCCAGGAGCAUGUGGAGUAAACGCUGAAUGUAGAACAGUCAACCAUUCGCCUACCUGUACGUGCAUGUCUGGAUAUACUGGAAAUCCACUUGUUCAGUGUGUUAUAAAAGAACUUCCUCCUGGACGAGAUGAUCAUGUAAAACCAUGCCAGCCCUCCCCUUGUGGUCCUAACAGUUUAUGCCGAGAAGUAAACGGUCAUAGCGUAUGCACAUGUGAGAACGGGUAUAUUGGCACACCUCCAAACUGCCGUCCUGAAUGUAUUGUGAGCUCCGAAUGUCCACAAGAUAAAGCAUGUGUCAACAAAAAAUGUAUUGAUCCAUGCCCAAAUGCUUGUGGAUAUAAUGCACGUUGCCAAGUGGUUACACAUAAUCCUAUAUGUAGCUGUACACCUGGAUAUACUGGCGAUCCGUUUGCUAAAUGCGAAUUGGAAGAAAAGAAACCACCUUCAAACCCAUGUGAACCUACUCCAUGUGGACCAAACUCUGAAUGCCGCAUAAUUGGAGACCAAGCAGCGUGUUCUUGUAUGCCAAAUUACAUAGGAAGAGUGCCGAAUUGUCGUCCCGAAUGCACUAUAGACGCUGAAUGUCCUAGCAAUACUGCCUGUGUUAAUGAACGCUGCAAAGAUCCUUGCCAAGGCGCAUGCGGUCAGAAUGCCCUAUGUUUGACUGUUAACCAUAGACCUAUAUGUAGUUGUCAACAAGGUUUUACAGGAGAUGCUUCAAGAAAUUGCAUACAAGUUGUGAUAUCAUCUACCGAGAUGACUCCAACGUCGAGUCCCUGCACACCCUCACCUUGCGGACCCAACGCGGAAUGUCGGGAACACAACGGAGCUGGUGCUUGCGUCUGCUCGUCAGGGUAUGACGGAGAUCCAUAUAGCCCGAGUGGCUGCAGAAGAGAAUGUGAGAUCAAUGAUGACUGUGCGCCACAGCUAGCAUGCACACGGUUUAAAUGCAUAGACCCUUGCCCUGGAACUUGCGGCCAAAUGGCCCAGUGCUUGGUUGAAAACCACGUUCCAAUCUGUACUUGUCCAAAAGGCUUCUCUGGAGAUCCGUUUUACCAGUGUAAAGAGUUGACAUAUACUCCACCUCCAACACAAAAUCCUUGCGAGCCGUCACCUUGUGGACCUAACAGUCAAUGUAGACAAGUCAAUAUGCAAGCAGUAUGUUCAUGUCUCCCAAGCUACGUGGGAUCACCCCCUUCAUGCAAGCCGGAGUGUGUUGUGAAUAGUGAAUGUGAUACUUCUAAAGCUUGCAUCAACCAGAAGUGUGAUGAUCCUUGUCCUAAUACUUGCGGAUUAAGAGCCCAUUGUCAAGUUAAAAAUCACAAUCCUAUUUGCACGUGUCCUGCAGGAAUGACUGGAGAUCCAUUUACACAAUGCUAUAAAAUCGUUUCGACCACCGAGCGCCCACCGUCUUGUACCCCUUCACCUUGUGGACCUCAUUCCCGCUGCCAAUUGCUAGCUAGUGGACCAGCCUGUUCGUGCUUACCCGGAUACGUUGGGUCACCACCGAAUUGCCGGCCUGAAUGUACCAUUAAUUCUGAAUGUCCAGCCGAACUAGCUUGCGUGCGACAAAAGUGUGAAGACCCAUGUCCGGGGUCUUGCGGGGUAGAUGCAAACUGUCAUGUUCUAAAUCAUGUAGCGGUGUGUGUUUGCAAUGAUAGAUUUACAGGCGAUCCCUUCUCAAGAUGUCUGCCAAUUCUCGAAGAUCCUACAACCCCUACACCAUUAGAUCCAUGUAACCCUUCGCCUUGUGGUCCAAAUGCUCAGUGUAAUAAUGGUUUUUGCACAUGUUUACUAGAAUACAGUGGCAAUCCUUACGAAUCAUGUAGACCAGAAUGUACCGGUAGUCAAGAAUGUCCAAGAGAUAAGGCCUGCUUCAGAAAUAAAUGCAGAGAUCCAUGCCCAGGAGUGUGUGGUCAAAAUGCGAAAUGUGACGUUAUUAAUCAUAUUCCGUCAUGCUCUUGUAUAGCUGACUAUACCGGCAAUCCAUUUACACAAUGUCGUCCAGUUGAAAUUAUUACAGAUAAAAAAGAUCCGUGCCAUCCGUCUCAAUGUGGACCUAAUAGCAUUUGUCGGAAUGUAGAUAAUACAGCUGUCUGCGCUUGUAUCGAAGGAUUCCAAGGAUCUCCGCCGUCAUGUCGACCGGAAUGCAUUAUUAGCUCAGAGUGCGCAUCUACUAAAGCUUGCGUUAAUCAAAAAUGCAUAAAUCCUUGUAUUAAUUCUUGUGGCCAUGCCGCCAGGUGUGAGGUCAUAAAUCAUAGCCCAAUAUGCAGUUGUAAUCCUGGUCAAACUGGGGAUCCAUUUAAGGGCUGCUACGAAAUUAUAAUUCCGCCAUCUGAUCAAAUUGAUGUUUGCCAUCCUUCACCGUGUGGACCAAAUGCUUUGUGUAUGGAUAGAAAUGGAAAACCAAAUUGUAAAUGUAUUGAUAAUUAUAUCGGACAGCCACCAAAUUGCAGGCCAGAAUGUGUUAUCAAUCCGGACUGUCCUUCGAACCAAGCCUGUGUUCGUAAUAAGUGCAUAGAUCCGUGCCCAGGGUCCUGUGGAGUAAAUGCUGAGUGUAAUGUUGUCAGCCACACUGUUUCAUGCAGUUGUAAAGAGAAAUUUACUGGCAACCCUUUCCUACAAUGUGUUCCCGAAAAAGAAACUGAACGUCAGCCGUGCGAUCCUUCACCAUGCGGGGCUAAUGCAGUAUGUACCCAGCGAGAUGGCGCUGGAGCUUGCUCAUGCUUAGAGGGUUAUUUUGGCAAUCCAUACGAAGGAUGUCGUCCAGAAUGCGUCCUCAGUUCAGAUUGUUCAGCGGAUAAGGCGUGUAUUCGAAAUAAAUGUGCAGACCCUUGUCCCGGAAUUUGUGGUACUAAUGCUGAAUGCAGUGUCAUAAACCACGUUCCCUCUUGUGCGUGUGUUAAGGGCUAUUCGGGGAAUCCAUUUGAACAAUGUGCAAAGACUGAAGAAGGCCCAAUUAGACCAUGCCAGCCAUCACCGUGCGGUCCCAACAGUAUUUGUAGAGAAAACGGUGGUCUAGCUUCUUGCGAAUGUCUUCCUGAUUAUAGGGGUGCACCACCAGAUUGUCGACCUGAAUGCACAGUAAGCAGUGAAUGUCCAUCAGAUCGUGCAUGUCAUAAGUUAAAAUGUGCUGAUCCAUGCCGAGGCACUUGCGGUCUAGGUGCACACUGUCAAGUCAUCAAUCACAGUCCUUUAUGCAGCUGUCCAGCAGGAACUACCGGAGACGCAUUCAUUAGAUGUGUAGAACCCAUUGAAAACCAACCAGCCCCACCAACACAACCAUGUUAUCCAAAUCCAUGUGGGCCUUAUAGUGAAUGUCGUGUAGUCAAUGGCAACCCAUCCUGCUCCUGUUUACAAGGAUAUAUAGGCGGACCACCUAAUUGCCGACCGGAAUGUCUAGUUAAUACUGACUGCCCUUCACAUCAGGCAUGCAUAGCUGAAAAGUGCACUAAUCCAUGUGAUGGUUCUUGUGGAUAUAGAGCCGAAUGCAGAGUUCACGAUCACAUACCAAUAUGUAGUUGCCCAACUGGCUUUUCUGGAGAUCCAUUUAUACAGUGCUCUGAAUUUGUUGCUCCCACUCCUGCACCGGAUCUUUGCAAUCCAUCUCCCUGCGGAACCAAUGCUAUUUGUGACGCCGGUAUAUGUAUGUGUACAACUGGAUAUUUUGGAGAUCCUUACGUAGGAUGUCGAUUGGAAUGUAGCACAAACGGUGAAUGUUCUCCUACACGUACAUGUCAGGGAGGCAAAUGCGUAGAUCCAUGCCCUGGAGCUUGUGGAACUCGCGCUGUUUGUUCUGUCAAUAAUCACAUUCCAUCUUGUUCAUGCCCACCCGGUACAUCCGGAGAUCCGUUUUCAUUUUGUGCAGAAACGCGUCAACCACCAGGGCCUCCUCAAUCACCAUGUUCGCCAUCCCCUUGUGGUCCAUAUAGCGAAUGCAGUGUUAGUAGUAAUGGGGCUGCUGCAUGUUCGUGCCGUCCCGGACACGUGGGCUCACCACCAUCUUGUCGGCCCGAAUGCCUCGUGAGUGCCGAGUGUAAGCUGCAGUUGGCUUGUAUUGACCGUAGAUGUCGCGAUCCUUGCGAAGGCGCUUGUGGACGUGGUGCUCGGUGUCAAGUCGUAGCACAUUCACCAAUUUGCACUUGCCACGAUGGGUUAACUGGCGAUCCGUUUACAUACUGCUAUCCUGCGCCAGUGAGUGUACCACCGGAAGACCCAGAGCCAUGUCAACCGUCGCCUUGUGGUCCAAAUUCAAUAUGCAUAAAAUCAGGAGAAACACCGGCUUGCAGUUGCCAACCAGGAUUCAUUGGGACUCCACCAAAUUGCCGACCUGAAUGUACAAUCAGUGCCGAAUGUCCAGCGGCUCUGGCUUGUGUGAAUCAAAGAUGCAAGGAUCCAUGCGUGCAAGCAUGUGGCCCAAGAGCCGUUUGCUCAGUAGUAGACCACCGAGCUUCCUGCGUCUGCGAACCUGGCCUCGAAGGAGACCCAUUCCAGGGAUGUACACCGCCACGGGCUUCUCCUAUGAAUGAAUAUCUCAAUCCUUGUGAACCUUCCCCUUGUGGGGCGAACGCUCAGUGCAAGGUACAAGGAAAUGCGGGAUCUUGUACGUGCCUAAAUGAUUACACCGGAGAUCCAUAUCAAGGGUGCAGACCUGAAUGCGUAGCCGACUCUGAUUGCCCUUUAACGUCGGCCUGUAACAAAAAUAAAUGCACUGACCCAUGUCCUGGAGUGUGUGGAUAUAACUCGGAAUGUUAUGUAACAAAUCAUAAACCCGUAUGCCAAUGUAACGUUGGUUAUACAGGAAACCCAUUUUCAAUGUGUUCUCUGAUACCGAAUCGCGACAUAGAAACAUUAAACAAAUGCAGUCCGUCUCCUUGCGGCGCUAAUGCAAUUUGUAAAGAAAUUAAUGGACAACCAGUUUGCUCAUGUUUAACAAACUAUAUAGGAAGUCCUCCGAACUGUAAACCCGAAUGUGUUGUGAAUUCGGAAUGUAAAACAAACAGAGCAUGUAUUAAUCAAAGAUGUGUGAAUCCUUGCCCUAAGCCCUGUGGGCAAAAUACAGAUUGCAAAGUAAUAAAUCACAGUCCAGUAUGUUCAUGUCGUCCUGGAUACUCAGGAAAUCCGUUCAUGGCAUGUGCAGCUGUUUCAUACAACCCUCCAAAUAAGCCGCCAACAGACCCAUGUAUUCCGUCACCAUGUGGUAUUUAUGCAGAAUGCCGUAAUAUCAAUGGUUUGCCUUCAUGUUCUUGUUUGACUUCAUAUACGGGCUCACCACCAUUCUGUAAGCCGGAAUGUGUCAUAAACUCUGAUUGCCCCAGUGACAAGGCUUGUGUAGCUGAAAAGUGCCGAAAUCCUUGCGAAGGUUCUUGUGGUCUUUAUGCAGAUUGUUUUGUUAACAAUCAUGUACCAGUAUGUUUGUGUCCAGAAGGAUAUUCUGGAGAUCCAUUCAAACAGUGCACACUGAAACCAAUUCAAGAUGAAACUUCACCACAUCCAUUCAAUCCUUGUGCUCCGAGCCCAUGCGGUCCAAAUACCUUAUGCAACAAUGGAAUUUGUGCAUGUGUAACAGGUUAUCAUGGGGAUCCUAAUUUAGGAUGUCGUCCAGAAUGUGUUUAUAAUACCGACUGUCUUUCUUCUAAGGCAUGCCAAAACAAUAAAUGCGUUAAUCCGUGUAUCGGAACUUGCGGAACGAAUGCAGUAUGCGAAGUUCUUAACCAUAUACCAAUGUGCACUUGCACGAAAGGUAUGAGCGGAAACGCGUUCGUGGAAUGUAGACCAACGCUAGUCGCACCAGCAAAUCCAUGUAAUCCAUCGCCAUGUGGACCUAACAGCCAAUGUCGUCAAUCAAACGGACAAGCGAUAUGUUCUUGCGUGCCUGGUUUUAGAGGAAGUCCACCAACUUGCAAACCAGAAUGUGUAGUCAGCUCUGAAUGUUCUCUGAAAGAGGCUUGCAACAAUCAUAAAUGCGUUAGUCCAUGCAUAGGAGCUUGUGGAAUUGCAGCAGUAUGUGAUGUUAUCAAUCACAAUCCUAUUUGCACAUGCCCACCAUCAUUUACAGGCGACCCAUUCGUGAGAUGUACAGUUCGAUUGGCAACCGAGGCUGAAGUUAAUCCAUGUGAACCAUCACCUUGUGGACCUAAUGCCAUCUGCAAAAUUACGGGAAACAGCUUUAUAUGCGCGUGUAUGCCUGAAUUCAAGGGUAUUCCACCAAAUUGCCGACCAGAAUGUAUCAGUAACAGCGAAUGUGCUUACAAUCUCGCAUGCCAGAAUCAAAAAUGUGUGGAUCCUUGCACCGGUAGUUGUGGUGUAAAUGCAGAAUGCCGGGUAGUGAGCCAUGCACCCAUGUGUAUAUGCCAAAUUGGUUAUAUCGGUGAUCCAUUUUCAUACUGUAGUCCGCAGGCAAUACCAGAGAUUACUGAAGUAUUAACGCCAUGUAGCCCGAGUCCAUGUGGAUCUAAUGCCCGCUGCAGAGAGCAGAAUGGCGUUGGUGCAUGUCAGUGCUUAGAUGGCUAUUCUGGCAAUCCAUAUGAGGGAUGUAGGCCAGAGUGUGUUGUCAAUUCAGAUUGUCCACUCAACAGAGCCUGUUCUGGAAAGAAGUGUGUAGAUCCCUGUCCGGGCACAUGUGGAUUGAAUAGUUUCUGCCAAGUAACUAAUCAUAUACCGAUUUGUACUUGUCAACAAGGUUACACCGGGAACCCAUUUAGCCAUUGCACAAUCGUCUUAGAAUCACCUCCAUCUGAAAUCUCUCCUUGUCAUCCUUCACCAUGCGGAGCCAACAGCCAAUGUAAAGAUAUGAACAGACAAGCAGUUUGCUCCUGUUUACCAAACUUUGUUGGGUCACCGCCAAAUUGUCGACCAGAAUGUGUUGUUAGCUCCGAAUGCCCGUCAAACAUGGCAUGCGUGAAUCAAAGAUGUUCCAACCCCUGUGUUUCCGCGUGUGGUGAAAAUGCCAACUGCAAUGUUAUCAACCAUAGUCCCAUAUGUGUAUGCAAGCAAGGCUUGACAGGGAACCCGUUCACUAGAUGUUAUCCACUAAUAGUAUCACAACCACCGCUUCCACCUGCGAAUCGCGAUCCAUGUCUGCCGUCACCCUGUGGCUUAUAUGCAGAGUGUCGUGUUAUUGGAGGCGCUCCCUCCUGCGCAUGUCAACCAACUUACACCGGAAAUCCACCCAACUGUAGACCAGAAUGCACAAUAAACUCAGAGUGCCCAAGUAACCAAGCGUGCAUUAAUGAGAAAUGUCGCGAUCCUUGUCCGGGAGCUUGUGGCCUCAACGCUGAAUGCACUGUAUACAACCACAUAGCUCAAUGUGGUUGCUUGGAGCGAUAUUCGGGUGAUCCAUUUUCUCAAUGCUUGCUAUUACCAGAAAAUGAUGAUAUAUUUGAGGACAACCCAUGUAACCCGUCGCCAUGCGGGCCAAACGCAGACUGCGACAAUGGCGUUUGCACAUGUAUAGCAAACUAUCAAGGCGACCCAUACUUUGGAUGUAGACCUGCAUGUCUUAUGAGUAACGAUUGUCCCCAAGACAAAGCCUGUGUAGAAAAUAAAUGCGUAGAUCCUUGCGUUAACACUUGUGGCCGUAAUGCAAUAUGCAAUGUGUAUAAUCAUAUACCAAUGUGCACAUGUUUGCAAGGAUUUUCUGGGAAUGCUUUCUUAGAAUGUAGACCUAUGAUUGCCGUUGACUUGGUAGAACCAUGUAACCCUUCACCUUGUGGUCCCAACAGCCAAUGUAGAAGUAUAAAUGGCCAAGCCAUAUGUUCAUGCGUUCAGGGAUACCAAGGAGCGCCACCAACUUGUAGACCUGAAUGUGUUACUAGUGCAGAAUGUAGCCUUAACCAAGCCUGUUCUAAUCAGCGUUGCAUUGAUCCAUGUAAAGGAACUUGCGGAAUUUCAGCACAAUGUCAAGUUAUAAAUCAUAAUCCUAUCUGCACUUGCCCUUCUGGUUUAACAGGGGACCCAUUUUCAAGAUGUGUGAUUCGAGAAGAAGUACCGCCGCCAUACGUCAAUCCGUGCGAGCCAUCACCGUGCGGCCCUAAUUCUAUUUGUAAAGAAAUCAGUGGCUCACCCUCCUGUGCUUGCCAAGAUAACUAUAUGGGUUCUCCACCAAAUUGCCGGCCUGAAUGCAUUACAAAUUCAGAAUGUCCAAAUCAAUUGGCUUGUAUCAAUAAUAAAUGCAAAGAUCCUUGCCCUGGUUCAUGUGGAACAGGUGCAGCAUGUCAAGUCAUCAGUCACGCUCCCCAAUGUUUGUGCCCGCCAGGACUUACAGGAGAUGCUUUUAUAGCAUGUAGAGUUCUAGACACUCCUUUAUUACCAUGUUCUCCUUCACCCUGUGGAUCUAAUGCCGUAUGUAAAGAACAACGAGGUGCAGGAGCAUGCAUAUGUUUACCCGAGUAUUUUGGCAAUCCGUACGAAGGUUGUCGUCCUGAAUGCAUAGUAAAUUCUGAUUGUGCUACCAACUUAGCAUGUAUUCAAAAUAAAUGCAAAAACCCUUGCAACAACAAUUGUGGUACAAAUGCGCAAUGUAAUGUUGUGAAUCAUGUACCAACCUGUGAAUGCAUUAAUGGUUUAAUUGGCAACCCUUAUCAACAGUGUUACGAAAAAAUCCAAGAUCCACCGGAUUUACAAAGAAAUCCAUGCGUACCGUCACCAUGCGGACCGAACAGCAUAUGUAAAGUGACCAACGAUCAAGCAGUGUGUACAUGUAAUCCAGGAUAUUUAGGAACACCACCAGCAUGUAGGCCAGAAUGCGUCACAAGCUCUGAAUGUAACCAGCAACAAGCGUGCAUACGACAGAAAUGUACCAACCCAUGCAUCGGCGUUUGUGGGCUAAACACAGAAUGCAAAGUUAUAAAUCACAGCCCUAUUUGCUCCUGCCAACCGACUUAUACCGGUGACCCGUUUAGUCGAUGCUAUCAAAUUACAACUGCAGAUGUCAUUGUUGCAAGCAAUCCAUGUGUGCCUUCGCCGUGUGGUCCUUUCUCGGAAUGCAAAGAUGUAAAUAGCAUGCCGUCAUGUGCUUGUUUGCCAAGAUACACUGGAAGUCCUCCGAAUUGUCGUCCUGAAUGCACACUUAAUUCUGAUUGUGCAAGUGACAAAGCUUGCAUUAAUGAAAGAUGUGUAGAUCCCUGUCCAGGAUCAUGUGGCAUAAAUGCAAACUGUAGAGUACAAAGUCAUUUAGCUAUUUGUACUUGUAUAGACAAUUACGAAGGUGAUCCCUUCAACCAAUGUUCUAUUAAAGUGCAACACGACAUUGUUCAAACUGAUCCAUGCAAUCCUACUCCUUGUGGUUCUAAUGCAGUUUGUAAUAAUGGAAUAUGUACCUGCAUACCAGAAUACAAUGGCGAUCCUUACUUUGGAUGUCGCCCCGAAUGUACGAUCAGUUCAGACUGUCCAAUGGAUAAAACAUGUGUUCGUAACCAUUGUGUCGAUCCAUGUGUUAGUACGUGCGGUACAAAUGCUCAUUGUCAAGUGGUAACUCACAUGGCGGUUUGCACAUGUCCACCUCAAACAACAGGAAACGCUUUUGUACGAUGUGAUCCAGUCAAAACGCAACCGCCUAUGAACCCAUGUCAUCCUUCACCUUGUGGCCCUAACAGCCAAUGCAGAGUGUUUAGUAGUCAAGCAGUAUGCUCAUGUUUACUUGGGUACCGCGGUGCACCACCUUCCUGCCGACCUGAAUGCGUUUCCAGUGCUGACUGCCCACUUGACAAGGCCUGUAGCAAUCAGAAAUGCAUAAAUCCUUGUCAAGGCACAUGCGGAAUAGGUGCUCAGUGUCAAGUGAUUAAUCACAACCCCAUAUGUUCCUGCCCAACAUCCAUGACGGGAGAUGCUUUCACAAGAUGUAUACUAAUGCCGACGCAACCAUCAUUGCCUGCCAACCCCUGCCAGCCUUCGCCGUGUGGUCCCAAUUCUAUAUGUCAGCAAACUGGUGGAAAUAUACCAUCUUGUCAAUGCAUGCCCGAAUUCAUUGGAACACCACCGAACUGCCGUCCUGAAUGUAUUGCUAACAGCGAAUGCGCUUCACAAAUGGCCUGCAUUAACAGAAAAUGCCAAAACCCAUGUUUAAAUGCCUGCGGAGUAAACGCAGAAUGUCAAGUGGUUAGUCACACUUCUAUAUGUAAAUGUCCGGAUGGCUAUUAUGGCGACGCAGCAGUGCAGUGUACCCCUCAGUCUUUGACUCAAGUGGCUCAGUUAGCUCCUUGUUCUCCUUCACCGUGUGGGCCUAAUGCUGAAUGCAGAGAGCGUUCAGGUGCUGGUGCCUGUGUAUGCAUUUUAGGAUACUUUGGUGACCCAUAUGAAGGAUGCCGUCCCGAAUGUGUCGUAAGCUCAGAUUGCCCGAGCCACCAAGCUUGCACUAGAAAUAAAUGUAUAGAUCCGUGUCCGGGUACUUGUGCACCGAAUGCUGAAUGCCAAGUCGUAAACCACUUGCCGUUGUGUACAUGCCCAUCUGGUUUUACUGGCGAUCCUUUCAGGCAAUGUGUCCGACAAUCUAUAGAAAACUUAUCACCUCCCACUCCGUGUCAACCUUCUCCAUGUGGGCCAAAUAGUCAAUGUCGCGUAACAAAUGGCCAGAGUGUGUGUUCUUGCUUACCUGAAUAUAGAGGUUACCCUCCAAAUUGUAGACCAGAGUGUGUGGUGAAUUCAGAAUGCCCAUCUGAUAAAACAUGUAGAAAUCAAAAAUGUGAAUCACCUUGUCCGGGACCGUGUGGACAAAACGCAGAUUGUAGAGUUAUAAACCAUAGUCCAAUAUGCACGUGUCAAAACAAAUACACGGGAGACCCAUUCUCUAGAUGUUACUUGUUGACAGCAUCGGUAGUAAACACGCCUGAUCAAGAUCCAUGCGUACCUUCACCGUGCGGUCCCAAUUCGCUAUGCCGAAAUUUAAAUGGUAUUCCUUCGUGUUCGUGCUCAACAAAUUUCGAAGGCAGUCCUCCCAACUGUAAGGCAGAGUGCAUAAUUAAUGAAGAAUGUCCCAGUAAUGUAGCAUGCAUCAACCAAAAAUGUAGAGAUCCAUGUCCUGGAUCAUGCGGCCUAAAUGCAGUAUGCCAGGUCGUCAACCAUUUUUCAGCUUGUUCAUGCAAUCAAGGGCACACAGGAAAUGCUUUUGUGCAAUGUAAUCCCAUCCCCAUCCAAGAACAUGAUGAUCCAUGCAAUCCUUCACCGUGUGGUGCAAAUACAGUUUGUUCAAACGGCCAAUGCAGUUGUAUCGCGGAAUUCCGUGGCGAUCCUUAUACUGGAUGCAGGCCUGAAUGUGUGCAGAGCUCGGACUGUGAGAAGAAUUUGUCAUGUUUGAAAAAUAAAUGUAAGGAUCCUUGCCCUGGCACUUGCGCUGUCAACGCUAUUUGCACCGUGGUUAAUCAUAUACCAAUGUGCACUUGUCCCGACAGGAUGACUGGAAACGCGCUUGUAGAUUGUCGGCCUCUUGUAGAACCUGUAAUUACAAAUCCCUGUCAACCAUCCCCCUGUGGACCAAACAGUUUGUGCAGGAAUGUAAAUGGGCAAGCCGCCUGCUCGUGCGCUCCGAACAACAUCGGGUCACCUCCUUCUUGUCGCCCAGAAUGCAUCAUAAGUGCCGAGUGUUCACUAAAUCAAGCUUGUAGCAAUCAGCGUUGUAUCAAUCCGUGCAUCGGAUCCUGUGGAGUAAAUGCAGAGUGUAAAGUUGUAAACCACAAUCCGAUUUGUUCAUGUCCCGCGACCUUUACAGGAAACCCGUUCUCACGAUGCUUUAAACAACCCGAACAAAUACCAGAGCCCGUUAAUCCAUGCACGCCAUCACCAUGUGGACCUUACUCUUUAUGUAAAGAAGUAAACGGAGCACCGUCGUGUACGUGCUUAGACGGUUACCAGGGGUCAGCUCCAUAUUGUAGACCAGAGUGUGUCAGCAGCGAAGAAUGUUCUCAACAUCUGUCAUGCAUAAAUAACAAAUGUAAAAAUCCUUGUGAGGGCGUUUGUGGUUCCAAUGCUGAAUGUAGAGUGGUCAGUCAUUCUCCUAAUUGUAUAUGCCCAUUCGGAUACACCGGAGACCCAUUUGUGUCAUGUCAACUAACUCCACUUCAAAUAGAGCCUCCUGCAACUCCCUGCUCGCCUUCACCUUGCGGUGUAAAUGCCGUUUGCAGAGAAAGAAAUAGUGCCGGAUCAUGUUCAUGCUUAGAAGGUUAUAUUGGGAACCCAUAUGAAGGCUGCCGACCUGAAUGCGUGGUGAAUACUGAUUGCCCACUAAAUGAAGCAUGCUUAAACAAUAAAUGUGCUGACCCGUGCCCGGGCAGCUGCGGAACUAAUGCAGAAUGUCAAGUGGUGAAUCACUCUCCUCUAUGCUCAUGCAUAAAUAGUUACACGGGGGAUCCAUUUAGGUACUGCGUUUAUCAGGAACCCCACGUGCCAUCGCCAACGGUUGAUGUCUGUUAUCCAUCACCUUGCGGGCCGAACAGUCAAUGUAAAUCAAUUAACAAUCAGGCUAUAUGUUCCUGUCUACGGGAGUAUGUGGGCUCGCCACCUAAUUGCCGACCUGAAUGCGUCGUCAGCACAGAGUGUCCUCACGAUAAGGCGUGUGUAAACAACAAGUGCACAAACCCAUGCCCAAAACCUUGUGGAGUCAAUGCUAAUUGCAAAGUGGUCAACCAUAGCCCUAUAUGCUCGUGUAAAUCAUCGCAUACAGGAGAUCCGUUUACGAUUUGCACCUUUGUCCAAUAUGAUGUACAACCACCUGUUUCUGAAAAUCCGUGCAUACCAUCUCCUUGUGGUCCUAAUGCAGAAUGUCGUAGCAUACAAAAUACACCAUCAUGCUCAUGUAUGGUCAACUUUAUUGGUAGUCCACCCAACUGCAGACCCGAAUGUACUAUACAUUCUGACUGUCAAAGUGAUCGUGCAUGUAUGAACUCAAAAUGUCAAGAUCCUUGCCCAGGAGCUUGCGGAGUUUACGCCACAUGCAAUGUCCUAAAUCAUAUUCCUAUAUGUACCUGCAUGGAAGGGUACGUUGGAGAUCCAUUUACAAGCUGCAGAAUAAAGCCUUUAGAAGAUGAACCUCUUAUAACCGAUGCUUGUACUAACGUGCGCUGUGGUACAAACGCAGAGUGCGUAAGUGGACAGUGUCAAUGUUUACCGCAAUUUCAUGGAGACCCUUACUUUAACUGCCGCCCUGAGUGUGUUUAUAGCACCGAUUGUGACCAAAACAAAGCUUGUAUCCAAAGGAAAUGUGUCGACCCCUGCGUUGGUGCUUGUGGUCAAAAUGCCAUAUGCACUGUUGUAAACCAUAUCCCCAUGUGUAGCUGCAACAAUGGUUACACAGGCAAUGCGUUUAUUCUUUGCAAUCCAAUGAAAGCACCAUCGAUAGAAAAUCCAUGCAGUACUGCAGUUUGUGGACCAAACAGUCAAUGCAGGGAAAUAAAAAAUCAAGCUGUCUGUUCUUGCCUGCCUUCGUAUUUAGGCAUCCCGCCUGCCUGCAGACCUGAAUGUGUGGUAAAUGCGGAGUGCUUACAAAAUCAAGCAUGUAUGGGACAGAAAUGUGUAGACCCGUGCAUUGGAGCUUGUGGGCUAAGAGCAACUUGCAAAGUUAUAAAUCACAACCCUGUUUGCACAUGCCCAAUAUCAUACUCAGGCGAUCCAUUUGUACAGUGUAUUCUAGUACUCAGUACACCUGAGCUUGUGAACCCAUGUCAACCAUCGCCUUGUGGCCCUAACUCAAUAUGCCAGGAAGUUAAUGAAAGUCCGUCGUGUACAUGUAUGCCUAAUUACAUGGGUCAACCGCCCUACUGUAGACCAGAAUGUAUUAGUAAUAGUGAAUGUGCGUCGCACUUGGCUUGUGUAAAUCAGAAAUGCAGAGAUCCAUGUGUUGGGGCCUGUGGAUUAAAUGCUGAAUGUAGAGUUGUCAGCCAUUCAGCAGUGUGCGUAUGUACGCAAGGUUAUAUUGGUGAUCCCUUCUCUCAAUGCGCGUUGCAACCCCCUACUGAAAUAUUGAGACCUUGCACGCCAUCACCUUGCGGUUCGAAUGCAAUGUGUAAAGAACAAAACAAUGUGGGCUCUUGUAUGUGCAAUGAAGGUUAUUUUGGAAACCCAUACGAAGGAUGUCGUCCAGAAUGCGUGACUAAUUCUGACUGUCCCGGAAAUAAAGCUUGUAUUGGAAACAAGUGCCAAGACCCAUGCCCCGGUACAUGCGGAAUUAAUGCGGAAUGUUCAGUCAUUAAUCAUUCUCCUAACUGCGUUUGUAUUGCGGGUUACACUGGUAACGCUUUGCGCAUCUGUAAUAUUUCUCCUCCAGAUAUACCUGUUAAAGACGUUUGCUUCCCUAGCCCAUGCGGACUGAACAGCCAAUGUCGCGAGAUCAAUAAUCAGGCUGUUUGUAGUUGUUUACCAGACUAUAUCGGCGAACCUCCUUCUUGCAAACCUGAAUGCUUAUUAAGUUCUGACUGUGCAUCAGAUAGAGCAUGCAUCAAUAAAAAAUGCGUUAAUCCUUGUCCCGGGCCUUGUGGGCAAAAGGCAGAAUGCAGGGUAUUUAAUCAUAAUCCAAUAUGUAGCUGUGUAUCAGGAUUUACUGGAGACCCAUUCACAAGAUGUUAUGCAAAGCCAGCCACACAGCCGAUAGUCGUGGAAAGAGACCCGUGCGUACCAUCACCUUGCGGUAUAUAUGCAUCUUGUCGGAACAACGGCGGGCAAGCAUCUUGCUCGUGUUCUCCAGGAUACUUUGGAAGCCCUCCCAACUGUAGGCCAGAGUGCAUUACCAAUCAAGAUUGCGUUAGUUCUCUUGCAUGCAUCAGCGAAAAAUGCAGAGAUCCCUGCUCAGGAGCAUGCGGACAAAACGCACGUUGUUCUGUUUUGCAUCACAUUCUGUGUACAUGUAUUGAAGGCUUUAAAGGCGAUCCUUUCACUGCUUGCAAUAUAGUACAAGAAGAUCCUACACCUACAGAUUUAUGUAAUCCAUCUCCUUGUGGUCCAAACGCAGAGUGUAGUAAUGGAAAUUGUAGAUGUUUACCUGAAUAUGGAGGAGAUCCUUAUAUCGGUUGUCGACCAGAGUGUACCAUAAGUACGGACUGUCAAAGGAACCAAAUUUGUAUUAAGAAGAAAUGUGUAAAUCCAUGCCCUGAUACUUGUGGUAGCAGCGCAAUAUGCGAAGUCAUCAACCAUGUACCCAUGUGCAGUUGCCCACCAGGUUUCACUGGAAACUCGUUCGUUACAUGUAAUGCUGUUCAAACGCCAUUACCAACAAUGCCUUGUAAUCCGAGUCCUUGCGGUCCGAAUAGUCAAUGCCGAGAAAUAAGUAACGUAGCGGUUUGCUCUUGUCUGCCUGGCUUUUCGGGAAAUCCUCCCACGUGCAGACCCGAGUGCACGACGAGCGCCGAGUGUGCAUUGAACAAAGCUUGUAACAAUUACAAAUGCUUAGAUCCAUGCAUCGGAGCUUGUGGCAUACGUGCACAUUGCCAAGUUGUCAAUCAUAAUCCUAUUUGCUCUUGUCCAAACGAUCUCACGGGAGACCCGUUCUCCAGGUGUAUAUCCAGGCCACUCGAAAUUCCACCUCAAGUUAAUCCAUGUCUACCUUCACCGUGUGGGCCCAACGCAGUUUGCCAAACUAUAAAUAAUUCACCGUCGUGUUCUUGUCUGCCACAAUUUAUUGGAUUACCACCAAAUUGUCGUCCCGAAUGCUCAAGUAACAGCGAGUGUUCGAACAAUUUAGCGUGUAUUAAUAAUAAGUGCGCCGAUCCUUGCAUAGGUGCUUGUGGCUUGAUGUCCGAAUGUAGAGUCGUUAGUCAUACGCCGAACUGUAUGUGUCCUCAAGGAUAUGUGGGCGAUCCAUUCGUUUUGUGCCGAGUGCAAGUUGAUACUGAACCACCGCCGCAACCCUGUACUCCGUCACCUUGUGGAAGCAAUGCAGUUUGUAAGGAGCGAAACAACGCUGCCUCGUGCGUUUGUGCUCCAGAAUAUUUUGGCAACCCCUACGAAGGAUGUCGACCGGAAUGCUCGGUUAAUACCGAUUGUCCAUCUAAUAGAAUAUGUCAGCAAAACAAAUGUCGAGAUCCUUGCCCGGGCACAUGUGGAAUAAAUGCCCAAUGUCAAGCGAUUAAUCACUCUCCGACUUGUACCUGUUUGCAAGGAUUUACUGGAAAUCCGUUCCAAAAUUGCGCCCCGAUACAACCUGAAGAGCAUCGCGACCCCUGUUCUCCAUCGUCUUGUGGUCCAAACAGUGCCUGUAAAGUAAUAAACGAUCAAGCAGUUUGCUCUUGCCAACCCGAAUAUCAGGGGGCUCCACCAAACUGCAGACCGGAAUGUAUUAUUAGUGCAGAAUGUCCGACAAAUAUGGCUUGUGUUCGUCAGAAAUGUACAGAUCCUUGCAUAGGCCAAUGCGGACAGAAUGCUAGAUGUCACGUUAUAAACCAUAGUCCUAUAUGUUCUUGCAUGGAGCGAUAUACCAGUGAUCCUUUCAGCCGCUGCUACUUAUUGACUGCUCCUAUAGAAUUUAAACCCCAAGAUCCAUGCGUCCCUUCACCUUGCGGACCUUUCAGCCAGUGUAGAGAUAUAGGUGGUAUCCCAUCAUGCACUUGUUUGCCAACCUAUAUAGGCGCACCACCACAGUGUCGACCCGAGUGCACGAUAAAUUCGGACUGUCCCAGUGAUACUGCAUGCAUGAAUCAAAAAUGCAGAGACCCUUGCCCAGGAUCUUGUGGUUUGAACGCACGUUGUACAAUUAAAAACCACACUCCAAUAUGCACGUGCAUCGAUAAUUAUGUUGGCGAUGCUUUUACUCAAUGUAAAAUACGAGUUCCAUCUAUGGACGAAAUCGAUCCUUGCAAUCCUUCACCUUGUGGAGCAAAUGCAGUAUGCAAUAACGGAAUAUGUACGUGUAUCCCGGAAUAUCAAGGAGAUCCUUACUUUGAAUGCCACCCCGAAUGCAUUUUGAGUUCCGAUUGUUCUCAAGACAAAGCAUGUAUGCGUAACAAAUGUGUAAAUCCGUGUAAUGAUGGUGUAUGCGCGAGCAAUGCAGAAUGUGAAGUUAUCGGGCAUAUACCGAUGUGCAGAUGUCCUGAAGCUAUGACUGGAAAUGCUUUUAUUCAAUGCACACCAAUGGAAGUUGUUAGGCCAGAACCGUGCCAACCCAGCCCUUGUGGACCUAACAGUCAGUGCCGCAAUAUCAAUGGACAACCAGUAUGCUCUUGCGUAACAGGAUUUAUCGGAAGUCCACCAUCAUGCAGACCUGAGUGUACUGUCAGCUCUGAUUGCUUACCGAACGAAGCCUGUAGUAACAAUAAAUGUAUUAAGCCAUGUCAAGGUGCAUGUGGAGUUGAAGCUAUAUGUCAAGUAAUCAAUCACAAUCCUAUAUGCUCUUGCCCAACUUCAUAUACUGGUAAUCCAUUUAUAAGAUGCAUCGUCCAGCCAUUUGAACCGGAACUAGUUAAUGCUUGUAUUCCAUCGCCUUGCGGACCUAAUUCAAUAUGUAAAGAGACUUUGGGAUCACCUUCAUGUUCCUGCCAAGAAGGAUUCAUUGGAUCGCCACCUUACUGUAAACCAGAAUGUAUUAGUAAUACAGAAUGCUCUACUCAUCAAGCCUGCAUCAAACAAAAAUGCGCAGACCCGUGCUUGGGUUCGUGUGGAGUAAAUGCUCAAUGUCACGUAAUCAGUCAUUCUCCGACAUGCUCAUGUUUACCAGGAUUCACAGGAAACCCGUUCUUUGAAUGUCAUGCACAAUUGCCAGAGCAAGACAUUUCAUCUCCUUGUCAACCGUCUCCGUGUGGCGCGAAUGCCAUUUGUAAAGAAUGGAAUGGCGCUGGAUCAUGCACUUGUCAACCAAAUUAUUUCGGGAACCCAUACGAGGGCUGCAGACCUGAAUGUUUAAUUAAUACUGAUUGUCCAUCCAACAAGGCUUGCUUACAGAAUAAUUGUCGUGAUCCAUGUCCUGGCGCGUGUGCACCGAACGCUUUGUGCCAAGUAGUCAAUCAUGCUCCGCAAUGUUCAUGCCAAAAAGGUUUUACGGGCGAUCCAUUCCGCUACUGUGUAGCUGAAAUACAAUAUGAUACAUUUAAGGAUGUAUGUCGACCAUCACCUUGUGGACCAAACAGCAGAUGUAAAGAAGUAAAUCAGCAAGCGGUUUGUUCUUGUUUACCCGAAUACAUAGGAACACCUCCAGGAUGUCGCCCAGAAUGCUCUACUAGUGCCGAAUGUUCAAAAGAUAAGGCCUGCAUCAAUCGAAAAUGUCAAGAUCCAUGCAUUAAUUCAUGUGGCACAAAUUCUGAUUGUAGAGUAAUUAAUCACAGUCCCAUCUGUCAGUGUAAACCUAGAUAUACAGGAGAUCCUUUUGCAAGGUGUUCGCCUAUACCUCCACCAGUCGCAAAUGCUGAGCUCGAGCCAUAUAGAAAUCCAUGCGUACCAUCACCUUGUGGACCUAAUGCGAUAUGCCACGAUAUUGGAAAUAUACCCUCGUGUGCAUGUAUGCCAACUUAUGUUGGCAGUCCACCUAACUGCAGACCAGAAUGUACUAUUAAUUCUGAGUGUUCUACAUCUCAAGCGUGUAUCCAAUGGAAAUGCCGCGACCCUUGUCCUGGUUCUUGUGGGAUUAACGCUAUAUGUACCGUGACACAGCACAACCCAAUAUGCACGUGCCCUGAAGGCUUUGCCGGCGACGCAUUUACAUCCUGCAUUCCUAAACCAGUUUAUGCCGAUAUUGUCGACAAAUGCAAUCCAUCACCAUGUGGAACCAAUGCCAUUUGUAACGAAGGCAUAUGCACGUGCAUACCUGAGCAUCAAGGAGAUCCGUACGUAGGCUGCCGACCCGAGUGUGUCUUAAGCACAGACUGCCCAAGAGACAAAGCGUGCUCAAAUAAUAAAUGCGUCAAUCCAUGCUUAGGAACUUGUGCUGCUACUGCUAUUUGUGACGUCAUCAAUCACGUGCCUAUGUGUAGUUGUCCUCAAGGACUGACAGGAAAUGCAUUCUACGAAUGUACGCAAAUUCAAGUGCCAAUAGCGACAAACCCUUGCCGACCCUCUCCAUGUGGUCCAAACAGUCAAUGCCGAGAAAUUAAUGGACAAGCAGUCUGCAGUUGCGUAACAGGUUACAUUGGCAGCCCUCCGCUAUGCCGGCCAGAGUGUACAGUCAGUUCGGACUGUCCAUCCAACAAAGCCUGCAGUAAUCAGAAAUGCAUCAAUCCUUGUGCGGGAGCCUGCGGAGUCGAAGCAAAAUGUGAAGUAGUGAAACACAAUCCGAUAUGUACUUGCCAAAGAAUGUACACAGGAAAUCCAUUUGUGCGAUGCGUACCCUUCGCUCCUACGCAAGAUCCUGUAGCUCCAUGCACGCCUUCACCGUGUGGCCUGAACUCUAUCUGUAAAGAAACUUCAGGGACGCCAUCGUGCACAUGCAUGCCUAACUUUGGAUCGCCACCAUAUUGCAGACCUGAGUGUUCUAGUAACAGCGAAUGUCCAUCCGACAAAGCCUGCAUUAAUUCAAAGUGUUCGGAUCCAUGUGUCAAUGCCUGUGGCCUUAAUGCCGAAUGCAGAGCAAUAAGUCAUUCACCGAUGUGUUUCUGUGAUAAUGGUUUCACGGGCGACGCCUUUUCCAGUUGCUAUGUUCAACAUGUAAUACAAGAAAUACCGACUCCUUGUGAUCCAACACCUUGUGGUUUUAAUGCAGUGUGCAAAGAGUUACACUUCGCUGGAUCUUGUACUUGUCUGCCAGACUAUAUUGGAAACCCGUAUGAAGGAUGUCGACCCGAAUGCACGGUUAACACUGACUGCACGUCAAACAAAGCUUGCAUACGAAAUAAAUGUCAAGACCCUUGUCCAGGAACAUGUGGAAUGAUGGCUUCUUGUACUGUCGUUAAUCACUUACCAUCUUGUACUUGCUUGCCUGGAUUUACUGGUGACCCGUAUCGGCAGUGCCUUAUUCAGAAUGAACCUACACCGGAACCCGUUACACCAUGCGUACCAAAUCCUUGUGGACCAAACAGCGUUUGUCGCGCAGUAAAUGGACAAAGCGCUUGUUCGUGUAUGGCUAAAUACAUAGGCUCGCCUCCUGGUUGUAGACCCGAGUGUACCGUCAGUUCGGAAUGUCCCACCAAUAAAGCAUGUAUCAAUCAAAAAUGUGCUGAUCCCUGUCCAGAACGUUGUGGUUUGAAUUCAGACUGCAGAGUAAUAAAUCACAGUCCUUUGUGCUCGUGUGCCUCUGGAUUCUCCGGCGAUCCAUUUACUCGCUGCUAUCCCCAACAACCAAUGCAAUUACCACCAGACCCGAUAAGAAACCCGUGUGUACCAAAUCCUUGUGGAGACAAUUCAAUUUGUCGCGAAAUAAAUGGUGGUCCGUCAUGCAGUUGUAUGCCACAAUAUCAAGGACAACCUCCCAAUUGUAGACCUGAAUGCGCGAUUAACCAAGACUGUCCAUCUAACAUGGCGUGCAUAAAUAUGAAAUGCCGGGAUCCAUGUCCAGGAAGCUGCGGAGAAAACGCAAUAUGCACAGUCUUUAAUCAUUCCCCGUCUUGCGUGUGCUCCCAAGGAUAUAGUGGAGAUUCGUUUGUGGCUUGUAGACCAAUUCCACCAGUUAAAGAUGAAUUACCAUCUGAUCCUUGUAAUCCUUCACCGUGUGGUAUAAACGCUCAAUGCAGAAAUGGGGAGUGCACGUGUAUCUCUGACUACCAGGGAGACCCAUAUUUCGCUUGCAAACCCGAAUGCGUAUCGAGUACAGACUGUGCUCCGGACAGAGUAUGUUCCAGGAACAAAUGUAUAAAUCCAUGUCCUGCAAUGUGCGCAGCAACCGCUAAAUGUAACGUUUAUAAUCAUAUACCAAUUUGUACAUGCCCAGAAGGUACUUCAGGAAAUGCAUUUACUGGAUGUCAUACAGUCACAGUCUCUUUGGGUGAUCCAUGCAAUCCAAGUCCAUGUGGCCCGAAUAGUCAAUGCCGUUCAAUUAACAACCAGGCAGUAUGUUCUUGUUUGCCUAAGUUUAUUGGGAACCCGCCUUCAUGUCGCCCAGAAUGCACUAUCAGCGCCGAAUCCACAAACGAAGCUUGCAACAAUCAUAAAUGUAUCAACCCAUGUGUUGGUGCUUGCGGUUAUGCCGCUAAAUGUGAAGUUAUAAAUCACAACCCUAUAUGCACAUGUCCGAACCAAUAUACAGGAAAUCCGUUUACACAAUGCACUCCAAUACCUGCCACACCAACACCGCAGGGAGACCCAUGUAAGCCAUCUCCAUGUGGACCGUAUUCUAUUUGCAAAGUGAUCGGAGAGUCGCCUUCGUGUACAUGUCAACCAGAUUACUUAGGACAACCUCCCAAUUGUCGUCCAGAGUGCAUCAGUAAUUCAGAAUGUAGAAGCGAUUUGACAUGUAUUAAUCAAAAAUGCAAAAACCCCUGUCCGGGUAGUUGUGGAUAUAAUGCAGACUGCAAAAUCAUUAGCCAUGCAAUGGUCUGCACCUGUCCUUUCGGCUUAUCUGGAGACCCACUUGUUUCCUGUAAUUCUAUUCCAGAUUCCAUCGUCUUUGAUUCUCCUUGUGAGCCGUCGCCGUGUGGACUUAACGCAGAGUGUUCUGAACGAAAUGGUGCGGGUGCGUGCAGAUGUAUUGAAUCGUAUGUCGGUAACCCAUACGAAGGAUGCCGUCCAGAAUGUGUCAUUAAUACAGAUUGCCCACCCAUGUUAGCAUGCAUUCAAAAUAAGUGCAAGAAUCCUUGUCCUGGUGUAUGUGGAUCAAAUGGUAUUUGUCAAGUUGUCAAUCAUCUACCCACGUGUUAUUGUCCUCCUGGACUAACUGGCAAUCCAUACUCCUACUGCGUGCAACAAUCAGAAGAUGAAAUUAAACAGGCGCCGUGCACACCAUCGCCAUGCGGACCAAAUAGUCAAUGUCGAGAGGUGAACUCUCAAGCAGUAUGCAGUUGCUUAACUGAAUUUAUUGGUUCUCCACCUAACUGCCGGCCGGAAUGCACCAUUAAUAGCGAAUGCCAGACAGAUAAAGCAUGCAUAAAUCGCAAGUGUGUUAAUCCUUGUGUUGGUCAAUGCGCUAGAAAUGCUAACUGUAGGGUAAUAUCACAUAAUCCGAUAUGCUCCUGCCAAGAACGGUUUACGGGGGAUCCUUUCACAAACUGUAUACCGAUUGUGGAAUCAAUUUCAUCGCCACCUGCAGUAGUGAACCCUUGCAUCCCAUCGCCGUGUGGACCAAAUUCAGAAUGCCAAGUAUACGGAGGCAACUCUCGAUGCACUUGUUUACCGAAUUACAUAAGUUCACCUCCUCGGUGCAGGCCAGAAUGUGUGACCAGCGCAGAAUGUAGUGCUGCAACUGCUUGCAUUAAUAGUCGCUGCGCGGAUCCAUGCCCCGGAGCUUGUGGCCUCCGUGCCCAAUGCAGCGUCAUUAAUCACCUUCCGAUCUGUUCAUGUACGCCUGGCAAUACUGGCGAUCCAUUCGUUGCCUGUCACGAUAUGCCACCCGAAGAUCCAAUCGAUCCGUGUUCUCCUUCCCCAUGUGGUUCUAAUGCAGUCUGUCGAGAUGGAACAUGUACAUGUUUACCUGAAUAUCAAGGAGAUCCUUAUUUUGGUUGCCAUCCUGAAUGCAUUCUGAACAUUGAAUGUCCCCGUGAUAAAGCAUGUAUAAACAAUAGAUGUAAAGAUCCUUGCGUUGGAACAUGUGGCAGCGGCGCUAUUUGCGAAGUUCUCAAUCAUAUACCUAUGUGUUCUUGUCCAUCGGGUUACACCGGAUCGCCAUUUUCGUACUGUACUGAAGUUAUUGAUACUCCAAUCAAUUUAUGUCAGCCAUCGCCGUGUGGUCCAAAUAGUCAAUGCAGAGAAGUAAAUGGAAACGCGGUGUGUGUUUGCAUUCAAGGCUACUUAGGUAGUCCUCCCAAUUGUCGACCAGAAUGUACAAUAAGCGCCGAAUGUUCAUUAAAUCGUGCUUGCUCUAAUCAAAAAUGCAUUGAUCCAUGCCCAGGAGCAUGCGGACGUAACACUCAAUGCAUGGUAGUUAACCACAAUCCAGUGUGCACUUGUUUGGCUGGAUAUUCCGGCGACCCAUUUUCAUAUUGCCAAUUUAUUCCUCUAACACCACCGGUGAAGGUUAAUCCAUGCCUACCAUCUCCUUGUGGACCAAAUUCGCAAUGCAAUGCAAAUGGUGAAAAUUUCGUUUGCAUAUGUUUACCCGACUUUGUUGGUGCACCACCCAAUUGCAGACCCGAAUGUACUAGCAACACUGAAUGUGCUUUGAAUAUGGCUUGUAUUAAUAGGAAAUGUGUAGAUCCUUGCAUCGGCUCAUGUGGCUUGAACGCAGAAUGUAGAGUUGUAAGCCACACACCGAUAUGCUUAUGUCAAAAUGGAUAUACUGGGGAUCCAUUCCUAACAUGUACUUUCCUUGAAGUAAUUGCUACUGAACUAGAACGCCCUACACCGUGCAUUCCUUCUCCAUGCGGCGUCAACGCAGAAUGCCGUGAACAACAUAACUCUGGGUCUUGUACUUGUCUAGAAGGUUAUUUCGGAAAUCCUUAUGAGGCCUGUAAGCCAGAAUGUGUACUUAACUCGGACUGUCCGGCUAAUCUAGCUUGCCGAAAUAAUAAAUGUUAUGAUCCCUGUCUUGGUACUUGCGGAUUAAAUACGCUAUGCAAUGUUAUCAACCACAUUCCUAGCUGCUCUUGCCCUGACCAACAUUACGGGGAUCCUUACAAAAUAUGCACAUUCAAACUUCAAUCUGAAAUACGCGAUCCCUGUGAUCCAUCACCAUGCGGGCCUAAUAGUCUAUGCAGAUCUCAAAAUGGAUUGUCGAUCUGCACAUGCUUAGAUGGAUACCAAGGAUCACCCCCAACGUGCCGGCCAGAAUGUUUAACCAGUUCCGAAUGUCCUAUGGAUAAGACCUGUGAAAGCCUCAAGUGUGUUAAUCCAUGCCCGAAAGGUUGCGGUGUUAAUUCAGACUGCAGAGUUAUUAAGCAUAACGCCAUAUGCACAUGCAGGCAAGGUUUUACUGGAGAUCCAUUUUCACAAUGCUACGUGUCGCCGAUACCAGAACGGCCGCCAAUGGAUCCGGUUAAUCCUUGCAUUCCUUCGCCAUGUGGAUCGAACGCGAUAUGCCGUGACAUCGGUGGCAUCCCUUCGUGUACGUGCCAUGUUGGAUACUUUGGCAGCCCACCGAACUGCAAGCCGGAAUGUGUUGUUAAUGCCGAUUGUAGCAAUGACAGAGCUUGCAUAAACAUGAAAUGUGAAAAUCCAUGUCUAGGUUCAUGCGGGCUGAAUGCUGUAUGCAAUGUUGUCAAUCACGUGCCUAUGUGUUCGUGUCUAGAAGGAUAUCAAGGAGAUCCGUUUGCCAUUUGCAACCAUAAACCCUCAGAACCCCCACAAAAGAUAGAUCCUUGUAAUCCAACACCGUGUGGGGCUAAUGCUCUAUGCAACAACGGCAUAUGUGAAUGUCUGGCUGAAUACUUUGGGGAUCCAUAUUUUGGUUGCCGUCCUGAGUGCGUGCUGAGCUCAGACUGCCCUCUUGACAAAGCUUGCGUGCGUUCCAAGUGCGUUGACCCAUGCAGAAACAUGUGCGGCGUUAACGCAGAGUGCAAUGUUUACAACCAUGUUGCAGUAUGCAGUUGCCCAGCUAGCAUGACGGGUAAUGCUUUCAGCCAAUGCAUCACAGUCCAAAAGCCAACCAAUAGACCCUGCGAGCUUUCUCCAUGCGGGCCUAACAGUAAUUGCAGAGAAAUUAACGAACAAGCAGUAUGUGCAUGCUUACCAAAUUAUAUUGGAAAUCCACCGAAUUGUCGCCCAGAAUGUAUUCAAAGCUCGGACUGUGCUCCAUCGCGAGCAUGCAUUAAUCAAAAAUGUGAAGAUCCAUGCCCGGGGUCGUGCGGAAGUAAUGCGAUCUGCAAUGUAGUAAAUCAUAAUCCUAUUUGCAGCUGCCCUGAAAGAUACAGUGGCUCUCCGUUUUCUCACUGCUAUGUAUUUGUUCCUGAAGAAAUACCAGACGCGUGUAUACCUUCUCCAUGCGGGCAGAACAGUAUUUGCAAAGCAACUCAGGGUGGUUCAUCUUAUGUAUGCACAUGUCUGCCGACAUUUGAAGGUACACCACCACAGUGCCGUCGAGAAUGUACAAGCAACGAUGACUGUUCAAUGGACAAAGCAUGCAUAAACUAUAAAUGUAAAGACCCCUGUCCAGGAUCAUGUGGACUUAACACAGUAUGCAUUGUACGAUUGCAUAGUCCUAUGUGUUCCUGUGAAGAAAGUUAUACUGGUGAUCCCUUCACAUCAUGUCACAGAAUACCAUUGGCUGAACCAAUAGACCCAUGCAAUCCCACGCCAUGCGGUGCUAAUGCCCAAUGUAAAAUUUCAAGAAACCAAGUUGCUGCCUGCAUAUGUGACCCGGAUUAUUACGGAAAUCCGUACGAAGCAUGCAGGCCCGAAUGUGUUACACAAACUGACUGUCCAUACAACAAAGCAUGCUUAAAAAAUAAAUGUGUAGAUCCUUGCCCCGGAACAUGUGGUGCUUCAGCCGUGUGCCAAGUUGUUAAUCACAUUCCAUCGUGCAGUUGUACACCAGGAUACACCGGCAAUCCUUACACAUAUUGUCACAUUAUUAUCAACACACCGGAACCAAGCAAAGAUCCUUGUGUCCCAAACCCUUGCGGAAGCAAUUCAGUUUGCAAUAAUAACAAUGGGCACGUGGCUUGCUCAUGUCAGCCAGACUUUCUGGGAUCUCCUCCAAACUGCCGUCCUGAAUGUACUGUUAACUCGGAGUGCGAAACCUCGAAGAGUUGCUCACGGCAAAAAUGUAUAUAUCCAUGCACAAAUGCUUGUGGACAAAAUGCUGAGUGCAGAGUAGUUAACCAUGCUCCUAUUUGCUCGUGCCAACCAGGUUUUGAAGGAGAUCCGUUCAUCAGAUGCGUAAUAGUUGACAGAACUCCACGACCUGCAGUGAACCCAUGCGUACCAUCUCCCUGUGGUUCAAAUGCUCUAUGCCAAAUUGUAAACCAAGCACAUGUAUGCUCUUGUAUGAGUAACUACAUGGGAACGCCUCCAAAUUGUAGGCCUGAAUGCACAGUUAAUUCAGACUGCCCCAGUAAUAAGGCUUGCAUUAAUCAAAAAUGUCUUGAUCCUUGUCCCGGCUCGUGUGGACUACAGACUGUGUGCCAAGUUUAUCAACAUACCGCUGUAUGUAGCUGCAAAGAGGGUUUCACUGGAAAUCCAUUCCAGAACUGUUACAUCCAAGAACAUAUAGAACCCCAACCGACUGUAUAUGACAAAUGUAAUCCCAGCCCUUGUGGAGCUAACGCUGACUGUAGAGAUGGCCAAUGCACUUGUAGACCAAAAUAUUUCGGCAACCCCUAUAUGAGCUGCCAGCCCGAGUGCACACACAAUUCAGACUGCGCACCCCACCUCUCAUGCGUCAAUAAUGAAUGUAGAAACCCAUGCGCAAACAUUUGUGGACAGGGUGCCGUUUGUGAAGUUUAUAAUCACGUACCAAUGUGUAGUUGUCCUUCUAACUCAACAGGGAAUGCAUUCUUCUCUUGCAAUCCUAUUACAUCUACACCCAUCAGAAGGGACCCUUGCUCGCCUACACCUUGUGGACCCUACAGUGUAUGUCGAGCAAUAAAUGAGCAAGCAAUUUGCUCGUGUUUAAUGGGAUACAUUGGCGCACCACCUGUUUGUCGGCCAGAGUGCACUGUCGAUUCAGACUGUACAAGCUUAAUGGCCUGCUCUAAUCAGAAAUGUAAUAAUCCUUGCGCAGGCUCUUGUGGCCUUAACGCUGAAUGUAGAGUGCAUAAUCACAAACCGAUAUGCUAUUGCCCUAAUGGCUUUACUGGUGAUCCAUUCACCAGAUGUUCCAUUGUUGUGGACCGUGAUCAACCACCAAGAAAGGCUCCAUGUGAACCAUCGCCCUGUGGCCCUAAUUCUAUCUGCCGAGCCGUAAAUGAUGCGCCGUCCUGUUCCUGUUCAACAGGUUUUAUUGGAACACCUCCAUUCUGUCGUCCUGAAUGCGUUACAAACAGUGAAUGUACUUUUGACAAGGCGUGUAUUAAUAAAAAAUGUGUAGACCCAUGCCCUGGUGCUUGUGGACAACACGCCAUAUGUCGUGUCAUUAGUCAUUCACCUCAAUGUGUUUGCCAACCAGGGUACGAAGGAAACUCCUUCGAUCAAUGUCUACCAAUUAAAGUACCAGAUCGGAAACCACCCAUCUCAACUCAACCAUGUGUUCCUAAUCCUUGCGGGCCAAACGCGAUUUGCCAAGAGCGUAACGAUGUGGGCAGCUGCACAUGUCUUAGUGGCUACUUCGGUAAUCCGUAUGAAGGUUGUCGGCCAGAAUGUUUAAUUAACUCUGAUUGUCCAGAAAAUCUCGCAUGUACAAAUAACAAAUGUCAAAAUCCCUGCCCCGGAUUAUGUGGAUCAAAUACUCGAUGCGAAAUGGUCAAUCAUUAUCCUAUGUGUGUUUGCCUCGAUCGAUAUGUGGGAAAUCCUUAUGAUGGUUGCAUCUUGAGAGAAGAAUCACCUAUUGAGCCCUGCACCCCAUCUCCUUGCGGAGCAUACAGUACAUGCAAAUCUUUGAACGGUCAAGCCAUGUGCACAUGUUUACCACAAUAUUUCGGCAGCCCUCCUAAUUGCCGACCUGAGUGUGUAACGAAUCCAGAAUGCCCUCCAAACAAAGCUUGCAUAAGACAAAAAUGUGUAGAUCCAUGCAUUGGAACUUGCGGAGAAAAUUCACAAUGUCGAGUGCAUUAUCAUAGUCCUUAUUGCACCUGUUCCCCUGGUUUUGAAGGAGAUCCAUUUGUUAGAUGCAUCAAACCAUUGACAUCUCCACCAUCAAAACCACCUGCAUGUGAACCUAAUCCUUGCGGUAGAUAUGCUACAUGCAGAGAUGUUGGAGGGUCAGCUAUCUGUAGUUGUUUGCAAGGAUACACUGGUGCGCCACCAAACUGCGCACCCGAAUGUACAAUCAAUGAGGAUUGUUCUAAGGACAAGGCAUGUGUGCGAGAAAAGUGUGUCGACCCAUGUCGUGGCUCCUGCGGAUCAUUUUCCGACUGUAGAGCAAUGAAUCAUCUCGCUAUUUGUACGUGCCCGGCCGGUUAUAGCGGCAAUCCAUUUGUCAAUUGCUACCCAUUUAAAGAACCUCAAAAAGAUUUACCACUUGAUCCUUGCGCACAAUCUCCAUGUGGAAUUAAUGCAAUUUGUUCUAACGGUUCUUGUUCUUGUAUCCCCGGAUAUCAAGGAAAUCCAUUCAUUGAAUGUCGACCAGAAUGUAUAAGCGAUAACGAAUGCUCGAAACAACAGGCUUGUGUUCAUUAUAAAUGUAUCAACCCAUGCAAAAACACCUGUGGCUUAGACGCAAUUUGUAACGUUUACAACCACAUUGCGAUUUGCGAAUGUCCCAUACCCCUACAAGGCGAUCCAUUUAUUGCAUGUCGCCCUGUUAUAGCACCAACGGUAACUGAUCCGUGCACCCCAAAUCCGUGCGGUCCAAACAGCAUUUGUCGAGCACAGGGCAACGUGGCGCAUUGUUCUUGCCGACCACCUGCGCUUUCCGAUCCGACCAGUUGCCGCCCCGAGUGUCGCGCCGACUCCGACUGCCCAGCAGAUCGCGCCUGCCGAAAUAACAAAUGUCGCGACCCUUGUCCUGGCGUAUGCGGUCUCCGAGCUCUUUGUCAAACUAGAAUGCAUUCGCCUAUUUGCUCAUGUCCAAUAAACUUCAAUGGAGAUCCAUUUGUUCGUUGUUCGCCAGCAUCCGCAGACGUAGAGGCUAAAGUUGUCUCACGAUGUCCCGACUGUGGGCAAAACGCAGAUUGCAUCGAUGGCCAAUGUCAAUGCAGAUUAAAUUACUUUGGAGCGCCACCUUUCUGUCGCCCUGAAUGUCUCAGUUCCAGUGACUGCGAAUGGCGCCUCACUUGCGUCAAUCGUCGCUGCAUGGACCCUUGCCCCGGCGCGUGUGGUCGAGGCGCAAUCUGUUCACCUGUCUCCCAUGAACCUCGCUGCGAAUGCCCCCCCUCUACUACUGGAAACCCUCUUGUUGAUUGUCAUCCAAUUAGUGAUAUCCAAAAACCAAAAGAUGAUCCUUGCUAUCCAUCACCUUGCGGACCUGGGGCUAUCUGUCGCUCGAGAGGCACAGGCGCAUCUUGCGAAUGUGAACCAGGUCUCCGCGGUGACCCUUACACGGGUUGCCGGCCGGAAUGUUUGGCGGACUCGGACUGUUCACCGUCGCGCGCUUGCGUUCGUUCUCACUGUCGUGACCCUUGCAUCGGCAGUUGCGGCAUAGGAGCAGACUGCGAUACCUUCAACCACCUACCAACUUGUUCUUGUCCAUCAGGAACAAGGGGCAAUCCUUUUGUGCGAUGUGAAGAAGUCCUCAAAUCUGUGCCGCCGUGCGAUCCAUCUCCAUGUGGCCCGGGAGCUUUGUGCACUGCUGUCGGUGAAAAUGCGGUAUGCUCGUGCCCGCAAGGCACUAGUGGCGAUGCAGCCGCAGGCGGCUGUCGACCCGAGUGCGUCGUCAGCUCAGAGUGUCCGCGCGAUCGUGCUUGUGUACGAAACCGGUGUGUCGACCCCUGCGUCGGCGCAUGCGGCAACGGCGCUGAGUGUCGUGUGUUUGAUCACGCGCCAAUUUGCUCCUGCCCACCACCGACAACUGGAAAUCCAUUCCUAGGAUGUAGACAAUUGGAUGUACAACCCAGUAAGGGCCCAUGCGAUCCCAACCCAUGUGGACCACACGGAACAUGCCGCAAUGGUUUCUGCACCUAUCCGGAAUGUAUUGUUAAUGAUGACUGUUCUGGAGAUCGCGCUUGCAUUAAUCAAAAAUGUACUGAUCCAUGCGUAGGAGCUUGUGGAUUAAAUGCAAUUUGUUCAGGCGUGCGACACUCGGCGGUUUGCUCAUGUCCCAAUGGUUACACGGGUUCUCCAUUCGUACGUUGUGAACGUAUCAUCAUACCCACGCCUGCACCUGUACCAGAAUGUAUCAGAGAUGACCAGUGCGCCGACAAUGCCGCAUGCGUCGACUCUCGUUGUUCUCCUGUAUGCGGGCCCUCAAAUUGCGGUCUCAAUGCGCGUUGCAUAGCUAGACAGCAUAGGGCUCGCUGUGCUUGCUUGCCCGGAUACGAAGGCGACGCCUAUACUGGCUGUUAUUCAGUGCAAUGUCACAGCAACAACGACUGCCCAUAUGACGAGAGUUGCGAUGGCGGAUCUUGUGUAAAGGUGUGUCCGCGAAUUCGUUGUGGCACUGAGGCGCAUUGUGUCGCGCGUGGACACGUUGCAACGUGCGAAUGUGACAACGGAGCUCGCGGUAACCCGUGGACAGUCUGCCAUAGAGCCGAAUGUACAGUUGACGAAGACUGUGCCACAUGGCUGGCUUGCCGUGGAGGCACUUGUCAGAACCCUUGUCCCGGAGCUUGUGCGCCGGACGCGGUGUGCACUGUCACGCGCCAUUCACCUGUCUGCGAAUGCCCGCGCGGCACCAUAGGCAACCCGAAUAUCGAAUGCCGACGAGUUGUUGAUGAUGUGGAAUGUGAAACUGACGCUGGAUGCGGCCCCGAUUUGGCAUGCUUGCAAGGCAAAUGCAAGAACCCUUGCGAUGCUACCUCAUGCGGAAAAGGCGCUGUGUGCCGUGUCGCCAAUACUUUGCCGUUCCGAACGCUAGUAUGCGAGUGUCCUAAACCACUAACGGGUGACGCGUCCGUCCAAUGUAGUCCAAGAGGCGAAUGCAACGAAGACUCGGAAUGCGGUGACGAGGAGACAUGUUCCUCGAAGCGGUGCGUCCCGGUGUGCGGCCCCGGGGCGUGCGGCGUGGGCGCCGAGUGCCGCGGUCGCGCGCAUCGCGCCUCAUGUACUUGCGUGCCACCGCUACAGGGCGAUGCUCGAGUCGCGUGUUUGCCAGGUCUUCCAGACAUUCAAUGUACAACGGAUUCAGAGUGCGGCUCCGCGGAAGCAUGUGUAAAUCGUCGAUGCGUGUCAGCGUGUGCUGGAGCGUGCGGCACCGGCGCCUUGUGCGAGGCCACGCAGCAUCGCGCGCGCUGCCACUGCCCGCCCGGUACAGCCGGAGACCCAGCCCGCACUUGUUAUACACCGGAGUGCACAUCCGAUGACAAUUGUCCAUUCGACAAGACCUGUAUUAAUGGAUAUUGCCAAGACCCAUGUAUACUGGGAUCACCUUGCGGUCGGGAUGCAACGUGCGAGGCCAUCGCUCACGUGGCUACGUGCCGCUGCCCGGCAGGAACGCAGGGCGACCCACGACGAGCUUGCAUUUCAGCUGUUUGUCACUAUAACGAAGACUGCGAUGACACACAGAUCUGCGACCGCCUCAAUAGAGUUUGCCGCCCCGCUUGUUCCGACAGCGCAUGCGCGCCUGGAGCUCUAUGUACAGCUCAGAGACACCGUCCGGUUUGCUCGUGUCCACCUGGUCGAUCCGGUGAUCCUUAUUCGCUUGGCUGUGCCUCUUACGACGUCGGUCCCGAAUGCACUAGCGACUCCGAGUGCUCGGCUCCACUAGCGUGCGUUAACACUCGUUGCGUUGAUCUGUGCGUGGGCAACCCAUGCGAAACCGGACUUGUGUGUAAAACGGUUGAUGUAUUGCCAUUGCGCGCUGUUGCUUGUGUAUGUCCGGAUGGAGGACGUGUGGCUCCCGAUAGCGGCUGCCGCGCGCCACCCGAUGCAGAGUGCUCAGCGGACUCAGACUGCGCGAAUAGUCAAACUUGUCGCCGCGGCAGCUGUGUCGAAGCUUGUAAAGCCGACCCGUGUGGACUCAACGCCCUUUGCGAAUCUAUUGACCAUGCCUCCCGCUGUUCAUGCCCACCUGAAUACACUGGAAACCCAAGAACAGAAUGCAACUUAGAACCCAGACUACCAUCUAUAUGGGAAUGUUAUAAUGAUGACGAAUGCGGCCCAGAACGUGCCUGCGAAGAUCGUCGAUGCAUAAACCCAUGUAGCUCUGCUUGUGGCGAAGGCGCACUGUGUCGAGUCAUUGACCAUAAAGCACAAUGUUCUUGCCCUAGAGGAUUCUCGGGGGAUGCCCGUAUCAGAUGUCAGCCACCAUCAGACGUUCAAGUAGUUCCAGUGGGAUGCAAGGCCAACUCGGAUUGUCCCCUGUCUCAAGCGUGCAUAAAUGGCGCUUGCGCUGAACCGUGUGCGUGUGGUACACAUGCCGAGUGCAACGUUGUAAGACACCAUCCUGUAUGUUACUGCGAAGAAGGCUACUCUGGAAACCCAUAUAUCGGAUGUACUAAAGUUGGAUGUUCAUCAGACUCUGAAUGCCCCGACAGCGACACAUGCUAUAAUGGCGCUUGCGUAAAUCCUUGUAUAGUCGAGGCUCCAUGCUCCAUAAGCGCCGAAUGUUUUGGCAGAAAUCACCGAGCAAACUGUCGCUGUCCAGCUGGCACCAAUGGCAAUCCGUACACCAGAUGCCAACCAGUUGAAUGUGAAAUCAAUGCCGAUUGCAAUGAUGACAGCGUUUGCAUGAAAGGAGUUUGUCGACAUGCCUGUUCUGCAGAAGGACGCAGUCCAUGCGCAAGUAAUGCAGAGUGUUUCGCCCGAAACCACGCUGCAUCUUGUAAGUGUCCUUCAGCACUUCCUAUAGGCGACCCUCUAACACACUGCGAAAAAGUCAUCAUUGGACCAGAAUGCAUAAUGGACAGCGAUUGCCCAAGUGGCCAAGCAUGCCUCAGAGACCAGUGUCGUGAAGCUUGCACAGAAUUACAACCAUGCCAGGCUAAUGCCAGAUGCACAGUAUCUGAUAGUGUACCUUUCCGCACAUUGAUAUGCCGUUGUGCUGAAGGCUACAUUCCAGAUGUCGGCGGGGCCUGCAGACCAACACAAUUGCCAGCGCCUAGUUGUUCGUCUGAUGAUGACUGCAGCGAUAACGAAUCGUGCGUUAAUAGGAUUUGUCGGAACCCAUGUAAUUGUGGUGAAAAUGCAGAAUGCUUUGUACGCAAUCACCGACCGGUGUGCUCAUGCCGCGAGGGCUUUGACGGAAAUCCUUAUCAAACUUGCCGUACUGUUGGUUGUCGCUCCAACUCAGAAUGUGAAUCAAAUCAAGCAUGUGUAAAUGGAAAUUGUGUUAGCCCAUGCUUAUUGAACAGUAAUUGUGGACCAAAUGCUGAUUGUUACGUCGAAAGAAAUCAACCACUCUGUCGCUGCCGGCCUGGAUUCGAAGGAGACGCAUAUGAAGGAUGUAAUGCGAUAGAAUGUAGAUCAAAUGGAGAUUGUCCUUUAGACAAAGAAUGCCGCGGCCACAGAUGCAUUAAUCCAUGUUAUUCGAAAACUAACUGCGGAACAAACGCAGUUUGCUUAGUGCGCAAUCAUAUCGCAGUUUGUAAAUGUGAACAAGGAUUUAUUGGAAGUCCCUAUGUAGAAUGCAAACCUGAAAUUAUAGCAGAAUGUUUUGUUGACGCAGAUUGCCCACCUAAAUCAGCAUGUUUAUCAUCGAGAUGCGUUAAUCCUUGUUCAGUGCUUAAACCAUGCGCCACACCAGCGCAAUGUGAAGUUUCACCUACAUUGCCUGUUCGCACUAUGAUCUGUACCUGUCCACCCGGUUAUAUUAGCAGCGGAGGAGGCUUAUGCCGCCCAUUCACAACUUUCUCGGACGUUGCUUGUGAAAUUGAUACUAACUGCACGUCUAAUCACGCCUGCAUAUCUUCGGUCUGUCAGAAUCCAUGUGAAUGUGGUCCAAACACUGACUGUCAAAUUAAGAAUCACAAGCCAGUAUGCGCUUGUCGGCCAGGAUUCAUCGGCGAUGCUCGCACUGGGUGCUACGAUGUUCUUUGCCGAUCAGACUCACAAUGUUCGGACGACGAAACUUGCAUCAAUAACCGUUGUAUUCCAGCUUGUUCAGUGGAUGGCGAAAUAUGCGGAACAUCGGCUGAAUGUUACGGGACAAGCCAUCGGGCUUCCUGUCGUUGUAAAGUCGGAACUGCUGGUAACCCGUCUAUCGGCUGUACGCCUAUCGGAUGUAGGGCUAACUCGGAUUGCCCGUCGGAUAGAUUAUGCGUUAACUCUCAGUGCAUAGAACCCUGUACAGCAAACACCUGCGAACAACCUGCAGAAUGCAGGGUACAUCUUCACGAGGUGCAUUGUGUCUGUCCACCCGGCUAUCAGAGUACAGACCAAGGUUGCACUAAAACAAAAGAACCACAAUGCACUACCGAUUCAGAAUGUCCAUCAGGAACUGCGUGUCUGAAUGCUAAAUGCGUCGAACCUUGUCUUGAGACCAGCCCGUGUGGUAGUAACGCUGAAUGCAGGGUGGUCGACUCUCUUCCUGUUAGGACAAUGGUUUGCGAAUGUUUACCAGGAUAUAGAGGAAAUGCAUUAGUGGAAUGCACACCAAAUAUACCACCUACCGCAGUAUGCAUUGAAGGACAAGCAAUGGAUGCAAACGGUGAAUGUGUUCCAUGCCGCGAGUCAGAAGGGCGCAUUGUGGAUUCACGGGGACGCUGCGUAUGCGAUGCAAGUCGCGGUCUCGUUCUGCGUGGCGAUGAGUGCUUACCUAUUGCGGGCUGUCGCUCCGACACUGACUGCGACGACCGCGCCACGUGCCGCAACAGUAUCUGCAUACCAGCCUGUGAUGCUGAACCCUGCGGGUUACACGCCAUCUGCACCGCAACGGGACAUCGCUCCAUUUGCACAUGUGCCAACGGUUACACCGGAAAUCCGAAAGAACACUGUAACGCUACCACUCCUAACUAUCGUACGGACUUCCCAUUGCCGGACAUGGAAGUGCAUUGUCUUGCUGACGCUGUGAAGGUUAGCCUGAAGAUCAAGGACUUUAAUGGAGUUUUGUACGUAAAGGGAUACAGCAAAGAUGAGCGGUGUAGAUUAGUUGUACAUAUCCCCGAACACGAAGAACUUGUUGAUUUCACUGUGCACUUCGGAGACUGCGGUUUGGUGCACGUUAAUGGCAUGGCCAGCUUCGUGCUCGUGAUGCAGAUUCACCCAACACUACUAACAUCAAACGCAAAGGCAUUCCACAUUAAGUGUAUAUACCAGACGGGUGAAAAGAAUGUUACGCUGGCGUUCAAUGUGUCCAUGUUGACAACAGCCGGUACAAUCGCAAAUACUGGCCCGCCACCCACGUGUUCGAUGCGCAUCGUCUCAAGGACUGGUGACGAAGUUAGCUCUGCAGAAAUCGGAGAGAACCUCGUCUUACAAGUUGAUGUCCAACCGUCAAGUAUCUAUGGCGGUUUCGCACGCAGCUGUAUCGCGAAGACGAGCGAAGCAUCGACGAACGUGGAGAACGAAUACACGGUGACAGACGCGGACGGUUGCGCCACGGACGCCACCAUUUUCAACGACUGGGAGCGCAGCGAGGACGGCAGCUCACUACGCGCCGCCUUCAACGCUUUCAAGUUCCCGAGCAGCGACAACAUACGCUUCCAGUGCAACAUACGAGUUUGCUUUGGAAAAUGUCAACCGGUCAAUUGCCGUGGAGCUGAUGCUUACGGUAAACGAAGAAAACGAGAAGCGAUCGACACCGAUGGCCCUCUGUCGACCAGAGAGGACCAAAUUCGAGAAGAAGUGAAGGUCGAAUCGAAUCAAAUAUUGACAUUAGAAAGACGCGAUCCGUCGCGUGUUGCGCGUCAGCGCGAUGCGUCCGGCGGCAGCGGGGACCUGGCGGCGGGCGCCGGUGAGGUGUGCGUGUCGGCGGCCGGGCUAGCUGUGGCGUUGGCGUUGACGGCACUGCUGGCGCUCGUGGCGGUAGCGGCGGCCGUGGCGUGUUGGCUCGUGGCGUGGCGACGCGCGAGGCCUCCGCCCGCGCCGCUACCACACCCGCCUGACUUCCCGAACCCUCUAUUCCAGCGCUAAGACACACUACUACUAGUCCUCGCCCCGCUCCUCCGCCGGCGCUGGGCGGUGUCGGCUCCUUUCUUCUUACUCACUUAGCUUUAAUAUGUGCGCGCCGUCGGAGGACCGCCGGGCUAGGGCGCCGGGAGCGCCACGCGGCUAAAAACCGCGCCCCUCGCUCGCGCUACCAGCGCCCUUUUUAGAUUUAUAUUGUAUCUAUAUUAACGUAGAAUCGUCAAAUACUUCGAAUUUUGUGAUAUUCAUAAAACAUAAUAUACACUGAGAGAAAUCACCAGAUUUUUAUGUAAAAUAAACCUAGGUUAAGUAAAAUAAACAAUUAAUAAAUAA